CUGUUGUAUAGGAUAGUACUGGCUAUGACAUCAAUCAAAAAAAAAUAAAAAAUCAAAGUUGGCUUUGCCCUGUUUUUUGUUUCCUCACUCUGUUAACAUUGCCUAAAUAUUCACACAACCUCUCAAUCUUUUGCAGGUCAGGAAAGAAAGACCGCUGACAAGUGGAAAGCAAAGGCCCUAUGGAGAAAUAGGAUUCCUGUGGAUCAUUUGACUGCAGUUUGGUUGAAGUGAAAGGAGUCUCCAUCCUGCUCUGUGGUUGUUUUGGAGAGACAGGCGAGUUGUGUGUGCUAAAGGACUGCAAUGCACCGCUUAAGGACUUGUGCUGCACGGCUGCGGCCGCUGACGGCCUCUCAGACUUCUCAGAACUUUUCACAGCAGAGGCCUGUGGCCGUACCAAAGACGUUUCAGCCAGUCAGGUGCUACACUUCACCUGUGGCUGCCGAGCCUUUCCUCAAUGGAACGAGUUCCAAUUACGUGGAGGAGAUGUACUAUUCAUGGCUAGAGGACCCCAAGAGUGUGCAUAAGGUAAGGCCCUUCCAGAAUUUUGGGGUGCUGGAGGGACAUCCAGCUCCUAUAGAGAGAUGUUCCGGCACUUUCCGUCUCUGGGGGGGGUCUCUUUUUUUGCGGUUGAAAUUCAUGAGGGUUACAGUGCAGAAUUGUUAACACAUCUAUGAUAAUUAGCCUAGCAUACACAAUUCAUUUUUCUUCGUUUAUUUUAAAAACUGCUUGCAAUACCAAGCAAUAAAAUAUUUGUAGACUACAUCCCCAAAAGUGCCCAUUACACAUCUGCAUUACAAGGAUUUUGAAUGUUUUGUUAAUGCCCAAAUAAAACAAAACACUUCUUAACCAAUACUGCCUAUGAAAGCCCAACAUUCUCAGUUCUCGAACGUUAGUCCUGUGGCAAAAGCAAUUUCUACAGAAUGAGUUCUGCUUCCAUGUUACUUACUCUUCCGUGCAUACACCAAUUGUAGCAUUUAUUAAUUGUUUGAUGGUUUUAACCAUUACCAGUUUACAUAAUUCACUAAAUUUAGGAAAGCCAGGCCAGGUUAAUUAUGUACGGCUGCAUAGGCACCUGUUUGACAGCAAGGUCACAUUGCUGGGAUCCCUGUUGUGUAUUUAUAGCUACCUGCUGGAGUGUUGUCACAGGACUGCUGUGAUCUCUGACCACACAGUCUGCCUAUCCUGCUAUUAUUAGGCUAGCCUUUAGGCUGAAUGCAGGUCGGCAGUAUAGACCAGUGCCAGUCCUAUGGCACAAGGCCCUCUGGGGCAUUCUGUUAGUAGUGCUGAGUGAUUAGUGCUUUUUGAGGUCUGGUUCAGUUAUUAAAAAUAAUCACGGUUUUGAGUUUCUAUUUAUUUGUUCCAAAGCCCAAAACAUUCCAUUAUCUCGGUCAGGUCCACAUUGGGUAGACAUCAAUAGAAAAAUAGGAAAAUACUAUGCAAUAAUACAUUUCUCAAUUUGUGUAUAUUGCAAAGUUUUUAUUAGAUUACUUUAUUUUUCAUUCCAUAAAGUCAUCAAGUUCAAGUUGUCACAUGCACAAGUACAGUUAAAUGCUUAGCUUGCAAGCUCUACCCAACAGUGCAGUAAUUAAUAUCAAAAUAGUAUAACCAAUAAAAAAAGAAAAUAUAAAAUAAAGAAAACACGAGAAAUAAGAAAAAAGAGAGCCAAAUACAGGGUCGGUACCAAUACCAAAUUUACAAUGUGCAGGGAUACUGGAGUAAUUUGAGGUAGAUACAGUGGGGGGGGAAAAAGUAUUUAGUCAGCCACCAAUUGUGCAAGUUCUCCCACUUAAAAAUAUGAGAGGCCUGUAAUUUUCAUCAUAGGUACACGUCAACUAUGCAGACAAAAUGAGAAAGAAAAUCCAGAAAAUCACAUUGUAGGAUAUUUUAUGAAUUUAUUUGCAAAUUAUGGUGGAAAAUAAGUAUUUGGUCAAUAACAAAAGUUUCUCAAUACUUUGUUAUAUACCCUUUGUUGGCAAUGACACAGGUCAAAUGUUUUCUGUAAGUCUUCACAAGGUUUUCACACACUGUUGCUGAUAUUUUGGCCCAUUCCUCCAUGCAGAUCUCCUCUAGAGCAGUGAUGUUUUGGGGCUGUCGCUGGGCAACACGGACUUUCAACUCCCUCCAAAGAUUUUCUAUGGGGUUGAGAUCUGGAGACUGGCUAGGCCACUCCAGGACCUUGAAAUGCUUCUUACGAAGCCACUCCUUCGUUGCCCGGGCGGUGUGUUUGGGAUCAUUGUCAUGCUGAAAGACCCAGCCACGUUUCAUCUUCAAUGCCCUUGCUGAUGGAAGGAGGUUUUCACUACAAAUCUCACAAUACAUGGCCCCAUUCAUUCUUUCCUUUACACGGAUGAGUCGUCCUGGUCCCUUUGCAGAAAAACAGCCCCAAAGCAUGAUGUUUCCACCCCCAUGCUUCACAGUAGGUAUGGUGUUCUUUGGAUGCAACUCAGCAUUCUUUGUCCUCCAAACACGACGAGUUGAGUUUUUUUACCAAAAAGUUCUAUUUUGGUUUCAUCUGACCAUAUGACAUUCUCCCAAUCCUCUUCUGGAUCAUCCAAAUGCUCUCUAGCAAACAUCAGACGGGCCUGGACAUGUACUGGCUUAAGCAGGGGGACACGUCUGGCACUGCAGGAUUUGAGUCCCUGGCGGCGUAGUGUGUUACUGAUGGUAGGCUUUGUUACUUUGGUCCCAGCUCUCUGCAGGUCAUUCACUAGGUCCCCCCGUGUGGUUUUGGGAUUUUUGCUCACCGUUCUUGUGAUCAUUUUGACCCCACGGGGUGAGAUCUUGCGUGGAGCCCCAGAUCGAGGGAGAUUAUCAGUGGUCUUGUAUGUCUUCAAUUUCCUAAUAAUUGCUUCCACAGUUGAUUUCUUCAAACCAAGCUGCUUACCUAUUGCAGAUUCAGUCUUCCUUAGCCUGGUGCAGGUCUACAAUUUUGUUUCUGGUGUCCUUUGACAGCUCUUUGGUCUUGGCCAUAGUGGAGUUUGGAGUGUGACUGUUUGAGGUUGUGGACAGGUGUCUUUUAUACUGAUAACAAGUUCAAACAGGUGCCAUUAAUACAGGUAACGAGUGGAGGACAGAGGAGCCUCUCAAAGAAGUUGUUACAGGUCUGUGAGAGCCAGAAAUCUUGCUUGUUUGUAGGUGACCAAAUACUUAUUUUCCACCAUAAUUUGCAAAUAAAUUCAUUAAAAACCCUACAAUGUGAUUUCCAGGAUUUUUUUUCUCAAUUUGUCUGUCAUAGUUGACGUGUACCUAUGAUGAAAAUUACAGGCCUCUCUCAUCUUUUUAAGUGGGAGAACUUGCACAAUUGGUGGCUGACUAAAUACUUUUUUUCCCCACUGUACAUUGCAGACCAAUCCAAAGUCAUCUUCCGGCAUGCCCAGCCCAUCCAUUAUCUCAGCUUUUUCUGUGGCUAAACCAACUAGGCUCGUAAUAUAACAAUUGUAUUCGUAUUUAUGGAUGGAAUACAAGUUCGUUAUUAAGGCACAUGAAAGUUCACAUGUUCCAGAAGGCAUUUCUGCCAAAAAAACACAUUUGGAUAAAAUAUAACUGUUUACGUUCAAAUCCUGCUCCUGUUAAGUAGUGAAGUGCGACACACGCCUAGUUUCCUGAAAUGAGUCUCACAUGCAUAUCUUACCUGGAUAUGGUCGCAUCAGGUUUACCCUCAGAAGGAAUGGCUCGUAUCCCACGAAGACAUAUUGGUUCGGUGUUUGUGUCCCAAGCAAGCUGGCCUUUGUAGCGGCAACUGGCCUUUGUAGCGGCAGCUGGCCUGCAAUGAGUGAGGAGCCGAACUUGCUUUGUGAGAAGAUUCCCGCAUCUCCCUCCCGACCGAUAUGCGCCUACGUCAAUCAUGGUGAAGCGGUACCUUGCAUCACAGACUGCCAUCAGGACCAUUGUGAAAAAGCCCUUGUAGUUGUAGUACUCGCUGCCUGAGUUUGCCAGAGCUCGUAUCCAAAUGUUUUCUGUCGACAGCUCCUGCACAUUUUGCAGCAAUUGCAAUUCAAAAAGAGACAUGUUUGUUUCUGCUUCUUUGGCUAAAAAGUAGUAGUAAAGCAUUACACCAGACUGACAUCUAGCUAGUUAGUAUUUGUAAACAAGCAUAACACCGAAUUGGAAGUUCAGAUGUCGUCACUAGCUAGAGCCAAAAAUAGUGCCUCGGCCCCUGUCGCUUGGUGAGCUGCUCUGGCUCCCCAAGCCCCCUAGUGGAUAUACGUUACAGAACGCGGACUUCCUCUCUGGGUGGAACGCAAUGAAAAGAGUCCUCUGCCCCCCAAAAAACGAGUGGAGCUUGUAGCGGCCUUUAGGUAACCUAAAUGUAGCAACACAAAGUAGGCUGUGUGAUGUCACCAACACCCACUGUUUCUUGACUCAGACUUCAAAACUCAAAUUGUUUGAUUCAUGCACAGCUUCGAAAGCCCUUACAUGGUUCCAGCUCAUCAUGUGUUCUUAAGCUCAAGCCGCUUUAGUGGAAAUGUGUGUAGAACUAACUAAGUCGCUCUGGAUAAGAGCGUCUGCUAAAUGACUUAAAUGUAGAAUUCUGAAUGAAACAGAGGCUGUGACCCUGACCCUGGUGUUCAGCCAGGUUAGUGUCCCAAGUCAAGAGGGUGUUACAUUUCAGUCACUGCUUCAGGCAUUCUAGUCCCCCAAACCAUGGUCACAAGACAGUUGUACAGUACUUAACAUGUAAAUAAAUAUAAUUUACAGUUGUUGAAGGGGGAAUUAUUGGUGAGAAUUUCUACAAACAAUAUUCAGUUUUUCAGUGGUAUAUCUAAAGACUAAGUAGCAUCAUUUAUAUGUGAAUUGGAGUUCGGAGCAGUCUGACCACACGUAUGAUGCCUUGCCAGAACUGACCUUUAAUCGCACCGGUAUAAAUUGUGUUUCGGCCGUGUGGGGACAAACUGUGGUGCUGGGUCUGCCGUUCCCGCAUCUCCGCAAUGUAGAUCAAGCUUUCUAUGAAGGAUCUUGUGACUAGUGUUAGUUUCAAGUAUCGGUUUGGUAUGAAGUCAAUAACUUCUAAAUAACCUAAUCCCAGAGAACUGCAUUGUUUUGGGGAUUGUUUCAUUUUGAGGAAUAUGUCAGGGCUUUACUAGUUUUCAGUUUACUAUGGAACAAUGAAGAAGAUUUCAGUUAGCCUACUGCUUAACAUGAGACUAGUUGGCCCUCUGACAAGAACAUGUGGAAUUUGCCCUCUGUUGUUGUUUUGAACAACCUAAGAUUAAUCACACCGGUUACUUUCAUCAAAAAGAGAAAAUGGAAGCAGUAACAUUCGGUUACUUUUUUAAUAUUUCAAGCAUAACUAUAGGUAAUCUUCUAAAAUGUUUUACGUUUGUUAUAGAUGGAUUUGUUGGCCAUCUCCUUUCAUACCACUGUUCAUUAAUGCCAAUUCUUAUUUGUCCUCUCUUUUCCUUAAGUCUUGGGACGUUUUCUUCCGCAAUGCCAAUGCAGGUGCUCCCCCAGGCAAGGCACACCAGAGCCUUCUGAGCCUGGCCCGGCUGCCCCAAGCCCAAUCCCUGAUGGGGGCUCAGCCCAAUGUGGAGAAGCUGGUGGAAGAUCACCUGGCCGUCCAAUCCCUCAUCCGUGCCUACCAGGUCAGACCAGUCAGCCACCACAGGCUCUCACAGAGCUGUAAAUUGAGAAAACAAGGACGACCAUGUCUAUAAUGUCUUAGUAAGCAUGCCAAGUAGUCUAACCAUUUACGACACAUUCAGCAGCCAGAAAGCUGUAACUGUUUAACAAAAAAAUUAACCAAUAUCACCUGUCCUCACUGUUUGAGUAAUCUCUACCUGUGUUUUAAGGUUUAAGCUGUGUAAUCUGUUUUCUGUAAGCAUAGCUAAUUAUUUCCACAAAGUUGACCAUCCUACUUAAUGAUACCAACUACGCUGAUAAUGGACUAACGUUCUAGUGAAAUACAGUACCUUCAGAAAGUAUUCACACCCCUAGACUUUUUCCACUUUUUGUUGUUAUAGCCUGAAUUCUUAAAUUGAUUCAGUUGAGAUUUUCUGUCACUGGUCUACAGACAAUACCCCAUAAUGUCAAAGUGGAAUCAUGUUUUCCUAAAAUUUUACAAAUUUAAUGGCAAACCUAAAUAAAUUCAGGAAUAGAAAGUUGCUUAAUAAGUCACAAUUGUUGCAUGGACUCAAUAAUAAUAAUAGUGUUUAACAUGAUUUUGGAAUGACUACCUCAUCUCUGUACCCCACACAUGCCAUUAUCUGUAAGGUCCCUCAGUCGAACAGUGAAUUUCAAACACAGAUUCAACCACAGACCAGGGAGUUUUUCCAAUGCCUCGCAAAGAAGGGCACCUAUUGGUAGAUGGGUAAAAAAAAAAAGCCGACGUUGAAUAUCCCUUUGAGCAUGGUGAAGUUAGUAAUUACACUUUGGAUGGUGUAUCAAUACACUCACUCACUACAAAGAUACAGGCGUCCUUCCUAACUCCGUUGCCGGAGAGGAAGGAAACCACUCAGGGAUUUCACCAUGAGACCAAUAGUGAUUUUAACAGUUAGUUUAAUGGCUGUAAUAGGAGAACUGAGGAUGGAUCAAGAUUAAUUAUUCCACAAUACUAACCUAAUUGACAGUGAAAAGAAGGAAACCUGUACAGAAUAAAAAUAUUCCAAAACAUGCAUCCUGUUUGCAGCAAGGCACUAAAGUAAUACUGCAACAGAUGUGGCAAAGCAAAUAACCUUUUGUCCUGAAUACAGAGUGUUAUGUUUGGGGCAAAUACAAUACAAUACAUCACUGAGUAUCACUAUCCAUAUUUUCAAGCAUGGUUGUGGCUGCAUUAUGUUAUGGGUAUGCUUGUAAUCGUUAAAGGGGAAUUUCACCCUGGGGAGGAUCUGGGCUUGUUUCCAUGUCUUGAGGCAUUUCUAGGACAGUGAGAUGUUUCACACAUAAUUGCCUAGGAGGUUGGCAGGUCAGGGCUUUGCGCGCUGAAUGAUACACCCUAUAAUGGGUCUUAUUUCAUCGUUUUAAUGUCUUCACUAUUAUUCUACAAUGUAAAAAUAAAGAAAAACCCUUGAAUGAGUAGGUGUGUCCAAAUAUUUGAUUGGUGCUGUAAAUACAGUGGGGGAAAAAAGUAUUUAGUCAGCCACCAAUUGUGCAAGUUCUCCCACUUAAAAAGAUGAGGGAGGCCUGUAAUUUUCAUCAUAGGUACACGUCAACUAUGACAGACAAAUUGAGGGAAAAAAAUCCAGAAAAUCACAUUGUAGGAUUUUUUAUGAAUUUAUUUGCAAAUUAUGGUGGAAAAUAAGUAUUUGGUCACCUACAAACAAGCAAGAUUUCUGGCUCUCACAGACCUGUAACUUCUUCAAGAGGCUCCUCUGUCCUCCACUCGUUACCUGUAUUAAUGGAACCUGUUUGAACUUGUUAUCAGUAUAAAAGACACCUGUCCACAACCUCAAACAGUCACACUCCAAACUCCACUAUGGCCAAGACCAAAGAGCUGUCAAAGGACACCAGAAACAAAAUUGUAGACCUGCACCAGGCUGGGAAGACUGAAUCUGCAAUAGGUAAGCAGCUUGGUUUGAAGAAAUCAACUGUGGAAGCAAUUAUUAGGAAAUGGAAGACAUACAAGACCACUGAUAAUCUCCCUCAAUCUGGGGCGCCACGCAAGAUCUCACCCCGUUGGGUCAAAAUGAUCACAAGAACGGUGAGCAAAAAUCCCAGAACUAUACGGGGGGACCUAGUGAAUGACCUGCAGAGAGCUGGGACCAAAGUAACAAAGCCUACCAUCAGUAACACACUACGCCGCCGGGGACUCAAAUCCUGCAGUGCCAGACGUGUCCCCCUGCUUAAGCCAGUACAUGUCCAGGCCCGUCUGAAGUUUGCUAGAGUGCAUUUGGAUGAUCCAGAAGAGGAUUGGGAGAAUGUCAUAUGGUCAGAUGAAACCAAAAUAUAACUUUUUGGUAAAAACUCAACUCGUCGUGUUUGGAGGACAAAGAAUGCUGAGUUGCAUCCAAAGAACACCAUACCUACUGUGAAGCAUGGGGGUGGAAACAUCAUGCUUUGGGGCUGUUUUUCUGCAAAGGGACCAGGACGACUGAAUGAAUGGGGCCAUGUAUCGUGAGAUUUUGAGUGAAAACCUCCUUCCAUCAGCAAGGGCAUUGAAGAUGAAACGUGGCUGGGUCUUUCAGCAUGACAAUGAUCCCAAACACACCGCCCGGGCAACAAAGGAGUGGCUUCGUAAGAAGCAUUUCAAGGUCCUGGAGUGGCCCAGCCAGUCUCCAGAUCUCAACCCCAUAGAACAUCUAUGGAGGGAGUUGAAAGUCCGUGUUGCCCAGCGACAGCCCCAAAACAUCACUGCUCUAGAGGAGAUCUGCAUGGAGGAAUGGACCAAAAUACCAGCAACAGUGUGUGAAAACCUUGUGAAGACUUACAGAAAACGUUUGACCUGUGUCAUUGCCAACAAAGGGUAUAUAACAAAGUAUUGAGUAACUUUUGUUAUUGACCAAAUACUUAUUUUCCACCAUAAUUUGCAAAUAAAUUCAUAAAAAAUCCUACAAUGUGAUUAUCUGGAUUUUUUUUUCUCAUUUUGUCUGUCAUGGUUGACGUGUACCUAUGAUGAAAAUUACAAGCCUUUCUCAUCUUUUUAAGUGGGAGAACUUGCACAAUUGGUAGCUGACUAAAUACUUUUUCCCCCACUGUAUCUUCUGUGAAUACUUAAGGGCUGAUACAUUUCCAAUUUUAUGGUGGUUCCAACCCUGUUCCUGGAGAUCUACCGUCCUCUAGGUUUUCACUCAACCCUAAUCUAGCACACCUGAUUCUAGUAAUUAGCUGGUUGAUAAGCUGAACCAGGUUAGUUACAACUGCGGUUGGAGUGAAAUCCUACAGGAGGGUAGUUCUCCCGGAACAGAGUUGGGGACCCAUGUUCUGCAUGGUCUUAUGCCAGGAUUCCCAAACUCGGUCCUGGGGACCCCAACGGGUGCACGUUUUAGUUUUUUUCCCCCUAGCACUACACAGCGGACUCAAAUAAUCAACUAAUCAUCAAGCUUUGAUUAUCUCCUGGAAAAAGACUGUUGUGGUUUUAGCGUUUUACACUUUUUGUGGAAGGGACGUAAAGAAACUAUCAACCGAAUUGGACCGGCUAGCGUAUUGUGUAGGGGCAAUGAGGGGACAAUGGGAGUGAAUGGGCUGGGGGGUUAAAGAAGGUGUGAAAAGUCUUAGGAAUGCAGUUCUUACACAGUAUGAAUUGUUGUGUAUGUGAGAUUGAGGAGAAAUGGCAACAAUACAUUUACUGUCUAAGCACAACCAAAACCCCCUUCAUCUCAAAGUACUUUCUAAACCUCCCCCAGCCCAUUGACUUUGACAGAUCAUUCUUGUCAAUAGUAGCCCUUUGCAGGGGAAUUUUGUAGACAUGUCUUUGUAUUGUGUUUUGAGAAUCUGCAGAAAGAAGAAUUAGGUGGUUGUCAUUAGUGUGUUAGUCUUGAUUUUAUACCUUUGUGUCCCUUGCUGUUGUCUGUCCAACAUUCUUGUGCGCCAUAACUGUCUGCUCCUUCAUGCUUGUGGACCCAAAAUACCCCUGCUUUUGGGGUAUUUUUCAGCAGGGCACUGGAAUGACUCCAGAUAACCUGAGUUUUGCACAAAGAGAAGACGGGUAGACUAAAUUGAUUACAUGGUCUGGAAGGUACUCUGUGGUCCUCAGGCUACCUCUAACCACCUGUAACCCCAUAACACAAACCAUACAAACACUACCGAAUUCAUGUUUAUACCAUGCUUACUGUAAAUUGAACUAUCUUAGCCAUCAGCUUGUAAAUAUUUUGUCUAACUUACUUUCACAUUGUGCAGAGCUAGGGGUUGGAAGUGCAUGUUGAUGGAAUCUGAUUCUGUACCACCUACUACACAAUUUAACCACCCCACUAAUUGUAUUGUUCUCUAUUAACUGGCUAGCUAAGCAUACCUAACAUAGACAUUUUAAAUAUCGUUAGCUAACUAGCGUCACUAAAUUGGCAGCAAGAUUGCCAAUCAGCUGAGACUGGCUGAGAAGCAACCAUAGACGAUUUAUACACAUUCAUCAUUGCUACCAACAGAGUGAGCUAGAAACUGUAUAUCAACAAUUCUAUUUUUAGUAACGGAGUGUUUUCCAGACGAGGGUGGAAUAGAUGGCUACCAAAUUGCCUCUUAUUUGCUAACAUUAGCUAGUUUACGUUAGCCCAUGUCAGUCAAAGAUAGAACAAACAAACAUGUUUACACUGCUGAAGGUAGCUAGCAGUGACUACCAUGGCAUAGGCGAAAUGGAUUGACAUUGUGCAAACCAAAAGAUAGAUACGUGGCCCCGUUUAGCUCAGUUGGUAGAGCAUGGCGUUUGCAACAGCUGGGUUGUGGGUUCGAUUCCCACGGGGGGCCAGUAUGAUUAAAAAAAAAAAAAAAUGUAUGCACUGGAUAAGAGCGUCUGCUAAAUGACUUAAAAUCUAAAUAGAUGAUUUAGCUGAUGGCUUUCAGAGUUCAAUACCAGGACUUUAACGGUAGUGAAAAACAGGUUUAAAAAAACGAAUUUCCUAGAUAAAUUCUGAGAUUACUGUGUGUUGAUGGUUCGACGUAAACAGCGCCAUUUAUUCGUUUGUGGGCACGCCCCCUCUACCUAGCAUGGCGGUAUCAGGAUUUGCUAUGAAUGCUGGACUUUGUGGUUCACUAUGAGCAGACGAAUACACAGGGAGUCGACUUCCCGAUUCUACCAGUAAAAUUAAAAUGUGCUACUUCUAGCUUGUGGUUUGGAUAAUUGUGAUGUUUAUGAUAAAAACAUAAUGUUGUUAAUAUAGUAUUGACUAUAUGCCCUCGCAGAGCCAUGGUGAAAUUCCCCUUUAAGGACAGGAGUUUUUCAGGAUAAAAGCAAACAGAAUGGCAAAAUCCUACAGGAAAACCUGGAUGUCUGCAUUCCACCAAACACUGGGAGAUGAAUUCACCUUUCAGCAGGACAAUAACCUAAAACACAAGGCGAAAUCUAUACUGGAGUUUCUUAGCAAGAAGACAGUAAAUGUUCCUGAGUAGCCAAGUUACAAUUUUGACUUAAAUCUACUCGACAAGACCUGCAAACGGUUGUCUGGCAAUGAUCAACAACCAAUUUGACAGAUCUUGGAAGAAUUUUGAGAAUAGUAAUGGUGUUGCAUAAUCCAGGUGUGGAAAACUCUUAGAGACUUACCCAGAAAGACAAAGCUGCAAUUGCUGCCCAAGGUGCUUCUACAAAGUAUUGACUCAGGGGUGUGAAUACAAUACAUUGCUACAAUUUCUAAAAACAUGUUUUCACUUUGUCAUUAUGGGGUAUUGUGUGUAGAUGGGUGAGUCAAAAAAACAAGUUGGUCCAUUUUGAAUUCAGGCUGUAACACAACAAAAUGUGGAAUAAGUCAAGGGGUAUGAAUACUUUCUGAAGGCACUGUACCUGUGCUGAAAUUGUUGACAUUUGAAAGCUGGGACAAAGGUGUCUGUUUUUACCCCAUAAAGGACUGUGACCUCAUGAUAACGAAAAUGCCUAUUAUGAUAUACUCUUGAAUGUUUCAUAUUUCUAUGUUGUUUUAAUUGAAUACCUUGUGACUAAUGUUACCUUAUUUCCAGUUGAAUGGCCAUCACAAUGCAGAACUCGAUCCUCUUGGCAUCAGUUGUAUAAAUUUUGAUGAUGCCCCAGUAGCUACUGGGGUUCAGAAUGUCGGUGAGAAAUGUUCCCUCACAGCUGUGCGAGACAACAAUGAGCUUGUUUGUAUUAAUGUUGCUUUUCCCAUUUCCUCCCUCUUUUUUUUUCUCUCCUCUCUAUUUUCUUUCAAAUCCCUUUCAACACUUUUAUAUCUCUACACUCGUGCCCCUCCACCCUUGCCUCCCCCUGCCCACAUGUCGGAUGUUUUGUUCCAUUUCAACUCAAACCUGUUUUUGUAGAUCCGUGGGCACCAUGUUGCUCAGCUGGACCCUCUGGGAAUUAUGGAUGCCGAUCUGGACUCUCAUGUCCCCAAUGACAUUAUAACGUCCUCGGAUAAACUCGGUGAGAAGAAUGAGCCACUCGCUACAGAGCAUCCGGGCGGCUGGGUAGCUGAGCAAGCUCUGUUUGGCUUGAAAUGCUGGUCUAUGUAUGACCUACGCUGGCCUUCUCUGUAAACCUGCCCAUUUGUCCCUGUUUUCAGUCUGCCCACUGUCAUGAAAGAAAGGGCUCCUAGCACCCUGUUUUUCUGAAAUGCCAAAUAUUUGUAUUUAUGCUUUUUGACUUAACUUCAACCUCUGCCCGCUUUGGCGCAUAGGGUGUCCCCCAUGGGAGUAUCCAUGGUUUCUGUAAUACUUUUUUUUUUAACAGCUGGAUGGUUGAUUAGCCCAGCCAGCUGUGUCCACUGUUAGCCGCAGUGGUCGUAGAUCAUUUUCCUACAAGGCUUUAUGAUUAAGAGGUGGACUGUGCUUCAUCUGACUGCUGGCCCUAGACCUGUCUGGUUUGGAUAGACCUGCCGGGAGUUACCUCCAACGGGCAUAGCUCUGAGGGGUCAUUGAGGUACACAAGCCCCCUCACCACGACAAGGUGACAGUCCAAAAAUCAUCAAUACAAAUAGCAGCUUAUUGGUUAGCACUUCUUUCUAGGACAGUUCUGUCUGACUUCUCUGUCUGCAGGCAGCCAAGCACAAAUUGAACCUUCAUAACAAUAUUGUCUGCAGUGCUCCAAUGUUAAGUUCACCUACAGUAGCCUUGUUGAGGGACACACAGCUAGAUUCCCAAUUUGAAGCCAGUGUUGCGCCAUUGGUUUUUAUAUGAUUUAAGUGUCCCAUUACACUCCUGUCUAACUGUGGAGGGACAUUUCUAGACGUCUCCAGAUUUCUUGGCUUAGCUUCUAGCUCUACUAACCAUCUUGCUUGCUUUAAAACCUCCCGGGACUGGACCAUAUUCUCCCUCACAUUACUCACACCCUUUGUUGGGUAUGGCAGUGAAGGCCCCUCUGACUAUUAAUCUACUUCUAAGCAUGAUACGGUAACAACUCUCAGCAAUUCAACGCAUUGGUAGUUUCCUGCUGAAUGAUGGGGGACACAUAUACGUUUUUGCUCUACUGCUAACUAUAACUUUUAGGCCUUAGUUCUCACUCAAUGCUCACAACCACAGCUACAGUAUGACUCCCAACAGUAAGAUGGUAACUGUUUUGAAAGGUAUGUUGCCUUCAACUUAGAUUAUAAGAAAAUGGCAAUCCCCAAACAGCCAUUUUUACACACCAGCAUGCCCCUAAACCUUGGACCCCUCUUCUUGUUGAUGACUGAAUAGCCUAAUUAGUAGUACUCUCAAGGUCUAUAUACCUUACACGUGUCGUGUGGUUGUCAGUUCCAGUACAGCAUGUCUCGGUCUGCAUGGGACGUUUUUCAGUGAGGCUUGUGAGGUGUGAUGUUUGUAUUUGUGCAUUGUGCAGCCAGGCAGGUACUGCAUUUUCUAGACGUGAUUGGCACCUAAAGCUUUGUUUGCCACCUAUGUUGUGGUCGGUGCUGUGCUGUCGCUAGAGUUCAGAGGCAGUCAAUCAGUCGGUGUGUUGCUGUAGUGAUUGACGUUGUGUGGUGAAGUCGAAGUUUGGGUGCUUCUCGCAAACAAAAUCAAAGUUAAAAUAACAAGCCGGUGGCUUAGCACGCUAGGCCGCUGCCUCCGGCAAACGUCUACAGUGUCGGCAUAUGUUCGAAUCCAGCCUACUGCCCUUAGACACAACCUCCCCUAUCUUUCCCCACUGUCAUCCUCUCUCUAUAAUGUCAAAAACUUGAUAUAUUUAAAAAAUCCAAAAUAAAAAGCCUGUUGUUCGUCAGAGGUGUUCCAUUUGUUUGCUUGCAGCGGAGUGUGCAACUGAAAUGUUCUAGCUUAGCAAACACCAAACCACCACUGUCUGAUCAAUUUAAUUAAGUGUUGGGAGGGUUCCCAGUGGUUGAUGCCUGCCCUGGCUGCAGACAGUCAUGAUGGUGGCCUGUGGUAUGCAGAGAUGGUGGAAACAUUACCAAACUAUCUCGGUGUUACAUUCACACAAGCAGUUUUCCAUAACUAGGUAGCUAGCUAUCAUCUUUCAAGCGAACUUGGCUGUGGUUGCCACACCUGGCAAAUUUUGCUAUCUGUAGUUAGUUGGAAAAUCAUCUUAUUAAGGCCGUUUGGAAAACCGUUUGUUCACGUAAGCUUCCAAGUCGUAAAUACAAGUUGCAAUAAUCUCUGUACCCUGAGUUCUUCGACACGUUAAACUGACUUUACCUUCUAAGGAAAUUACUUUGGCAAUUAUUUUAAAACAAAUAUUAUUUAUCAAAAACAAUCAAUGUACAGUAGGGGAAAAAAGUAUUUAGUCAGCCACCAAUUGUGCAAGUUCUCCCACUUAAAAAGAUGAGAGAGGCCUGUAAUUUUCAUCGUAGGUACACAUCAACUAUGACAGACAAAAUGAGAAAGAAAAUUCCAGAAAAUCACAUUGUAGGAUUUUUAAUGAAUUUAUUUGCAAAUUAUGGUGGAAAAUAAGUAUUUGGUCAAUAACAAAAGUUUCUCAAUACUUUGUUAUUUACCCUUUGUUGGCAAUGACACAGGUCAAACGUUUUCUGUAAGUCUUCACAAGGUUUUCACACACUGUUGCUGGUAUUUUGGCCCAUUCCUCCAUGCAGAUCUCCUCUAGAGCAGUGAUGUUUUGGGGCUGUCUCUGGGCAACACGGAUUUCAACUCCCUCCAAAGAUUUUCUAUGGGGUUGAGAUCUGGAGACUGGCUAGGCCACUCCAGGACCUUGAAAUGCUUCUUACGAAGCCACUCCUUCGUUGCCCGGGCGGUGUGUUUGGGAUCAUUGUCAUGCUGAAAGACUCAGCCACGUUUCAUCUUCAAUGCCCUUGCUGAUGGAAGGAGGUUUUCACUCAAAAUCUCACGAUACAUGGCCCCAUUCAUUCUUUCCUUUACACGGAUCAGUCGUCCUGGUCCCUUUGCAGAAAAACAGCCCCAAAGCAUGAUGUUUCCACCCCCAUGCUUCACAGUAGGUAUGGUGUUCUUUGGAUGCAACUCAGCAUUCUUUGUCCUCCAAACACGACGAUUUGAGUGUUUACCAAAAAGUUCUAUUUUGGUUUCAUCUGACCAUAUGACAUUCUCCCAAUCCUCUUCUGGAUCAUCCAAAUGCACUCUAGCAAACUUCAGACGGGCCUGGACAUGUACUGGCUUAAGCAGGGGGACACGUCUGGCACUGCAGGAUUUGAGUCCCUGGCGGCGUAGUGUGUUACUGAUGGUAGGCUUUGUUACUUUGGUCCCAGCUCUCUGCAGGUCAUUCACUAGGUCCCCCCGUGUGGUUCUGGGAUUUUUGCUCACCAUUCUUGUGAUCAUUUUGACCCCACGGGGUGAGAUCUUGCGUGGAGCCCCAGAUCGUGGGAGAUUAUCAGUGGUCUUGUAUGUCUUCCAUUUCCUAAUAAUUGCUCCCACAGUUGAUUUCUUCAAACCAAGCUGCUUACCUAUUGCAGAUUCAGUCUUCCCAGCCUGGUGCAGGUCUACAAUUUUGUUUCUGGUGUCCUUUGACAGCUCUUUGGUCUUGGCCAUAGUGGAGUUUGGAGUGUGACAGUUUGAGGUUGUGGACAGGUGUCUUUUAUACUGAUAACAAGUUCAAACAGGUGCCAUUAAUACAGGUAACGAGUGGAGGACAGAGGAGCCAGAAAUCUUGCUUGUUUUAGGUGACCAAAUACUUAUUUUCUACCAUAAUUUGCAAAUAAAUUCAUAAAAAAUCCUACAAUGUGAUUUUCUGGAUUUUUUUCCCUCAAUUUGUCUGUCAUAGUUGACGUGUACCUAUGAUGAAAAUGACAGGCCUCUCUCAUUUUUUUAAGUGGGAGAACUUGCACAAUUGGUGGCUGACUAAAUACUUUUUUUCCCCACUGUACAUGCUUUUUGAACACUACUAUUUGGCGUGCAUGAUAGCUGUACUUAAGCAUUCUCAACAAGUUCGAAACACAUGAAUGGACGCAACUCGUUGCUCCAAGUUUUACAAGUUGUAUACCAGAAAACUCAGAUUGGACAUAAAUGUGGCAUUAGCAAGCUAGCUAGCUACAUAGCUUGUUGUUGGCUACAUCUCAUACAGUAAAUUUGUUUUGCAUUAGCUAAUGUUAGCCAUAAUUAGCUAGCAUCGUAACGCUCCAUAAAUGUCUACUUUGCUUAUUUGCUAGUAUCAAAUCCCAUGUUUUUAAAAGAGUUAACAAAAUCAACAAACCUGGUCCCUUAAGUCUGUUUAUGGCAUGAAAUUAAUGAAAUAGUACCAAGUCAUAGCAAAGUUAGCUACGUGCUGCCACACAUCACCAGCAAAAGAUACUAGCGGCGCUAGUAGCGCUAUUUACUGUAUCUGAGUGUUGUAGGCGAACUCUGCUUCACAGAGUGUAAUUCGAGAAAAGGACAUCUUAUUGUCUUCGAGAACCACCCACAGUUCAGCUUCGAUUAUAGUUUGCAGACCCCUUCGAUGUGUUUGAGUGAGUAGUGGUAGAGAUGGCCCCCAUGUCCAUGAUGGGGGCAUGAGUCACUAACCUUUUCCGGGUCUCUCGCCCCUGAUGCCUCCUUCAGACCUGGCAAUGUUCAAGGACCGUCUCAGUAUUCUAACUGUCGGAGGUAUGGAAACAUAAGUCACCCUGUAGUUCUGUCCCUCUAUCUUUGUGCUUGAAUAUUUGCUUUUUGUAUUGUUCACGUAGAAUCUUCUGCUUUAUCUUUCUCACGUGUUUUUUCCUGUCUUUUCAGAGUAGAAUGCACUUGAUAAACAACUAGUGAUUGGGGAAGAAAUCGAUGCAGUUACAUAUCGUGAAAUUAUUUUUGACAAUGUAUAGUUUUGAGAAUAUUGCAAUAUUAUUUUUGCGCAGUUGGCAGUACCUGCACCCAAACUGCACCCAAAGUUCAUAGCUAGUUCUCCGUCUUCUUUUUAAAUAGGGAACCAAUUUUUUUCAGCACUUAUUUCCAUGACUGAUCAAAACUCAUUUUCUCAUGGCUCUCUUGUCCCUAUGCAGCAGACAUAUGGUGAGCAAUAUGUUUGGGAUAAUAUCGUAUCGUGAGGUCCCUGGCAAUUCCCAGCCCUAUAAACAACUUCUAGUAUUCUCGUUGGAACGUUUGGUUAUUUAUCAGAUGAUUGGAUGCUAAGCCAUUAAGACAGUCGCCCUGAAACAAAGACUGAGAAAGAUAAAGAGCCUCUCUCUGUAGCAGCCCUAGUGUUUGGGUGCCGAGCACACGGAUGUCAUAAGACAAUAAGCUCCUCUAUGUCAUUGUACUUUUUACAUUUAGUGCCAUGUGUUUCUCAGUCCUGCCAUAGUCCUCCUAUAGUGCUUUCUUGUCGUAGCUCCAGCUGAGUAGACACUGGGGGUGGAGUAGUCAAUAGGCUUAUUUAAAUCUAUCUACAGUGCCUUCAAAAAGUAUUCAUACCCCUUGACUUAUUCCACAUUUUGUUGUGUUAUAGCCUGAAUUCAAAAUUGAUUAAAUAUAUAUUUUUUACCCAUCUACACACAAUACCCCAUCAUGACAAAGUGAAAACAUGUUUUUAUAAAUGAAAUACAAAAAUAUCGAAUUUACAUAAGUACUCACACCCCUGAGUCAAUAGAUGUUUUUUAAAUUCUUCAAGCUCUGUCAAGUUGGUUGUUGAUCAUUGCUAGACAGCCAUUUUCAAGUAUUGCCAUAGAUUUUCAAGCCAAUUUAAGUGAAAACUGUAACUAGGCCUCUCGGGAACAUUCAAUGUCGUCUUGGUAAGCAACUCCAGUGUAUAUUUGGUCUUGUGUUUUUAGGUUAUUGUCCUGCUGAAAGGUGUAUUUGUCUCCCAGUGUCUGUUGGAAAGCAGACUGAACCAGGUUUUCCUCUCGGAUUUUGCCUGUGCUUAGCUCUAUUCAGUUUCUUUUUAUCCUUAAAAACUCCUUAGUCCUUGCUGAUGACAAGCAUACCCAUAACAUGAUGCAGCCACCACCAUGCUUGUAAAUAUGAAGAGUGGUACUCAGUGAUGUGGUGUUGGAUUUGCCUCAAACAUAACACUUUGUAUUCAGGACAUAAAGUUAAUUUCUUUGCCACAUUUUUUCCAUUUUUACUUUAGUGCCUUAUUGCAAACAGGAUGCAUUUUUUGGAAUAUUUGUAUUCUGUACAGGCUUCCUUUUUUUUCACUCUGUCAUUCAGGUUAGUAUUGUGGAGUAAUUACAUUAUUGUUGAUCCAUCCUCAGUUUUCUCCUAUAACAGCCAUUACACUCUGUAACUGUUUUAAAGUGACCAUUGGCCUCAUGGUGAAAUCCCUGAGUGGUUUCCUUUCUCUCCGGCAACUGAGGUAGGAGGGACGCCUGUAUCUAUUGUAUUGACUGGGUGUAUUGACAAACCAUCCAAAGUGUAAUUAAUAACUUCACCAUGCUCAAAGGGAUAUUCAAUGUCGGCUUUUUUAUUUUUUAUUUAUCUUCCAAUAGGUGCCCUUCUUUGUGUGUGUGGGGUACAGAGAUGAGGUAGUCAUUCAAAAAUAAUGUUUAAGACUAUUAUUGCACAUAGUGAGUCCAUGUAACUUAUGUGACUUGUUAAGCUAAUUUUGACUCCUGAACUUAUUUCGGCUUGUAUUCAAAGGGGUUGAAUACUUAAGACAUUUCAGCUUUUCAUUUUUAAUUAAUUUGUAAAAACUUCUACAAACAAAAUUCUACUUUGACAUUAUGGGGCAUUGUGUGUAGGCCAGUGACACAAUCUACAUUUAAUCCAUUUUAAAUUCAAGCUGUAACACAACAAAAUGAGGAAAAAGUCAAGGGGUGUGAAUACUGUAAUACAUAAGUGUUAAUGUUGUAGUUGAUGUUUGGUUACUAGGGGAUGAAAAAACACAUGUGUGAUACCUAGUAAUAUUCCUCUCAAACUGUGGCGAAUUUUGUUUACAUUGUCUGGAGGAACAUUUCAACCACAAACUCAGUUGGUUCGCUAUCGGAAGAAAUUAUAAAUUUAUUCUCUUGUAAAACCAACAUUCUCAAAAGUGUGUAUCUGCUUCCACUUUGUGUUUCAGAAUCUGAUUGCGUAUCACAUUUUAGAGCUGACAAACAUUGGGAGAGUGGUAAUAAUCAACUCAUUCGUCAUAACAUGCACCCAAAUGCUCUCGUAAUUGCCUUACGCUUGGUUUUUGGGAAUGUACACUAAAGUUAUUGCAUUUCACUGCUUGCACUACGACAAACUGUAGAAUAGCAGGAUUCUGCCUUUGGAUAACUGCGAUUUUGAAGUCCUCACUGACCCUCGUUGCACCCAGAUGAUGCUUUUGCGCAGCUGCAUGAUGCUUUGGCCCAGUGUAAUGCGAGAAGAGGGCUCCCAUGGAACCGCCGUGGGUCACACUGUCUCACACACAGUAUAAACAUGACGUGUGCUGUCUCGCUCGUGAUGGCAAUGACCUGGUCAUUGGGGAGCCACGUCUUGUCUCUCCACUUGGCAGCGGAGAAUGUGUAUGCCUUGCAGUGUGCUGCUGCUGUCUGUCUGUGGCGUUAAGGAGCAGCCAUGUUGUUGCUGCCUUGUGGGCUGGCAGUUUUGUUGUAGACGUGAACUUGCAGUCAGUGUGCAGAGUCUGCAAGAAGCUGCUCUCCCUGUCCUUGGAGAAGCUCCACUACUGCAGGUCAGCACUUCGGUCAGGUCAGCUAAAUGCUGUUUGUUUCUGAUGCCACAGUGUUAUAGGACCCCCAUAGUUUGUCCUCCUUCCUGUCCAGUCGUUUGAAGCUUUGUUCUGUCCCCUGAGCUUAUUCUUCUUUGCUUGGAUACUCUUCAGUAUUGCUCAAGUCUCCAUCCUUGACACACACACUUUCAGUAACACACAUGCACAAACCCACACACACAUUAUUUUUCAUUUUUAUCUCUGUCUUUCUUUGAGCUAUACUCUAUUCUAUGUAAUAUAAUCUAACUGCCAAUCUGUUGUAGCUAGAACUAUUAUUACAAUUAUUAAACUCAUUUCCUAUCACCAAUACUCAUAUUCAUUUUGUUUGCCGUUUAUGCAUCGACUAGCCAAGGCCAUAGUUGUUAUUUUUUUUGCAACGUUGUUGCCUUUCUCUUCUUUUCCUGAGGCAAUCAAAGAAACUGAGACGAUUCAUCUUAGAUUGACCUGACUUCUAUUUCAUUACCUUUUUGUCACUUGCAUUUUAACUAAGAGUUACCUCUACCAUAAAACAACAAGCAAUUUAAUUAGUUAUCCUCCUUGCCCAUAGAUGCCACACUACAAAUUCAGCUCAUGAAAUCUGAUUCUUACUUGAUUGCCUCAAAAUAUCUCUUAAUUGGCUUUCAUCUCCUGGAAAUCUUCACUUAACUUUAAGCAAGCAUUGACGUGUGUGGGUGGUUAGGUGUGUUUAACAUGUUCAUGUUUCCCCUACCAGCUAUUGUUUGUGUUUUUUUAACAGAUUUUCGAAUUGUGUCUGUACAUUUUGUAUGUAAGGUGCUUAUCCAGAGUAGGUUCAUGUCUUUGAAAAACAAAAUCUAAAGUCCUGUAUCUGGUGACCUAAAACUGAGGUAGCCUUGCCUUACUGCAUAGACAUGCUCCACCAAUCUGGGUAUUCUAGAUGCUAUCACCUUCUCCAUAUCCUCUCUAAUAGAGAAGCACUGAAACCAUAGAGACAUGGGCUCAUACUCGCAUCACCUGAAACAGCAUUUCGAAAUUAGCUUUGCAAAUGUUCAUCACAGUUACCAAUAUUUUCAAAGCGGAUUUAGUCCUACUUGAUUGACUGGAUCUUAAAGUGUAGAAGAACAUAUGCAAAAUUAUCAUUUUGGGUUCAAGUCAUAAGCGUUCUGCUAGACCCUGUAAAACCAGUAUAUGGACUGUUUAGGCCUGUGUUAUUAAAAUCGCCAUUGCUCAUCUACCAUCUCAGUUCAGCAAGGGCAGUUUUUAUUUUCCCCCCACAAAUAUAGCUCAUUCAAUGUCUUGUACUUGUUUUGUAACCACUGCUCCCCACUCAACCACGCUUUGUCUCACCCCCUUCAUUGUUGCGUGCCUCCCCCUCUGUCCUGUUCGUUUGCCUGUGAUGCUGCACUACCUUUGAUUUUGCUGCAUUAACGCCAUGUUGCCAUUAUGGUGCCAUCAACCAUAUGGCAUAUUCCUGUGUUUUAAUCCAUCAUCGCCCUCUUCUGUUUUUUGUUUUUCCAUGGUGGAUGUCUUUGUGGCCUACAUUCUUUCCCCCUGUGUUUCUGGUCUCUGGGUGUUUUCUCCUCUGGCCUGAAUAUCCCCACAUAUGCCCUCCUCCUCAACCCCCUCCCUCCUGCCCUUCUGGACGGUCUGCUGCCCCUGCAUGCUGAACAGGCUUCUAUGGACUGGAUGAGUCAGACUUGGACAAAGUGUUCCGCCUGCCUACCACCACCUUCAUCGGGGGCACUGAGACAGACUUGCCCCUGAGGGAGAUCAUCCGCCGCCUGGAGGUAUUCAAACUAAACCACACACACGUCUGUCUCUCAAAGAAGUUGGGUUCCUGCCAACCGUUUGUCUGGAAUGGGCGAAUAGUGUACAAUACAGGCUUAUUAGCCUUGUAAAGUGACAAGACACAUUGUCCCAUGUUUCAGAUGGCCUACUGCCAGCACAUUGGGGUGGAGUUCAUGUUCAUCAAUGACCUGGACCAGUGCCAGUGGAUCCGGGAGAAAUUUGAGAAGCCCGGCGUCAUGCAGUUCACCCUGGAGGAGAAGAGGACCCUGCUGGCCCGCAUGGUUCGCUCCACCAGGUCAGGGCAACACUCUACAACAAUUCACUCACCCCCACCUACGCAAACAUCAUAGUCAGCCAAUCAAUCAAUCAGAAUUAUUUAUAAAGCCCUUUUCACGUCAGCAGUUGUCCUUAAGUGAUUUUAGUCAUAGUGCUUGUCCAGAUUUCAGUCAUUGUACUAGUGUCACGAUACCAGAAUUUUGACUUUGAUACCAGGUUUAGUAUCACGAUACUCAAUACCAAAACUAUACUCGAUACCAAAAUGAUAACGCGGCAAAAAAAGAAAGCAGGGAGCAUGCCGAACAACCCUAGGCAAUAUCAGUAGCCUAGUCAAACUGCGCACUGUACCCAGCUUUGCGCCCUAACCAAAGCGAGGUAGGUGACCUGUUCCUGAUCUUGCACAUAUGCCCAGCACCUUCAGUAUUCAAAUGCUAAAAUGGCUUGCGCUGUAUUAGGCUUUAUUAGGUGAGUGACAACCUAUGUAAUUUGCCAGGUUAUUGUUAUCUAUGCGCUGUUCAAAAUUGUGUUUCGGUAAUAAAAGUAAGCUACUGAAGACAACUCAUCUGGCUAUACCUAGAUUUUAUUUUGAUUGUUCAGUUUCAUCGUCAGCAAUAACUUUGGUAGUUUUGCUUUAGCCCUUUGACGCGUACGAUCACAUAUUUGUGGUCAUGGAUGAGUGGUCCCUGCAGCGUACCAUCGCAAAUAUGUGAUUGGAAUGGUCGCAACAGAACGUAUGAUGCAACAAACGCGUCUAAACAGCAUUGUUGUCUGAAAAGCAUCUAAACAAUGUUUUGUAAUGGUGGAAAUGAAUGGUCUUUACACCUUUAUUACUCAAUUUCACCUUUUAUUGUAGAAGAUAAAUGUGAACAUCAUCCAAGCAUCAUACGGAAUACAUCCACAGCCAAACUCAAUCCGUAAACCAGUCUAACAGAUUGCGCUGACAAAAAAAACCCAUAAGGGAGCGACCUAACAGCUAGAAUUGUUUACAAUCUACCACAUCUCUGGUGAGCACAAGGGAGAAAUGUAAUGUUGUGUGUCAGCUAAGCUAACAGCGGCUAAAUUCUUUAUGAUGGCAGCCAUGUUUGUUUGUUUGUUUGUUUGACAAGCGAAAACUCCCUAAUCCCAGAAUGCCAUUCACUAUAAAAUGCAAAUAAUCAGUCAAAGAUGGCUGCGCCCAUUGCCCGAAUAAGAUCAACUUAGUUUGGCCACUUUUCAGCAUAUUACACAUCUUCAAUGGGCUUGUUAGUGUAUACAUUAGCCAGAGCACAUGAGUUGACAAGUCGUUUACAGUUUGACAAAUCACCUCACAGAUUAUCACCUCAAAUACAAGCCUACUGCCUAGCCUAGCCAUAGCGCGAAAGCUGAACAGGGUUGCCAGAUUUGGUGGGAAAUCAUUUUAGGGGGGGUUUGUAGUCAAUAAUACUUCUAUUUAUACAAAUGUAACCAUGUUUUGGAAGGAAAUCGAAAACUGGGCCACCCACGUCACAUUUGGCCCGUAGAUGAUGCUAAAGCAUAAACCUAGAUAAUCCUGUCUAGCGCCAUAGUUUACAAUAACCCAUUAUAUCUACAACCUCUCCUCACUCAUGCCGUGGUCUCUGCACACAAUAUAGCUGAUUACACGCACACACCAUUCAAUCUAAUCAUCCACACAAACUAUCUCACUUUGUUGUUUACAUGACUUGAUCCACCCGGAACUUACACAUCAAAAGGUUAAUAGCUGAAUAUAGCGGGAAGCAUUCAAACCUAUAGGCCCUGCAAGACCCCAAUGCAUUUAAAAACUACACCAUGUCCGGGCCAGUAGAUUUUUUUUGUUGUUGUUGCUGAGUUUAUGUCUAUGUGUAUGUACUAUGUAGGCAACUGAUCUGAGCCUUAAGGUAGACUAGGCAUCUACCACCCCACUACCACUAUCAGAUUAGGGGGGCGGAGGGGGGGGCAGCAAUGUAGCCUAUGUUUUUUGUCCACCCACUCCAAAAUCACCGACCUACUAAUCGUGUCAUUUUAGCAGAUUAAGUGUUUGAGCUAGUAAUGUAUUAAUAUUUACAGUUUACAAAUUAGCUAUGGCAUAGACAAUGAAUAUAUAGCACAACUUUGGGUUUCACCCCCACCUCAAAAUCGAAUGGUAUGGAAGUUUUUACAGAGUGAUCUUCUCUUCUCUUGUGUUGGCCAUGCAGUGCGCCUUGCAAAAGUCAUUGCUGUCCUCAUUAUUAAGUUAUCAACUUCACCAUUUGUAUCUAAAAAUUACCAUAUACACCUGAAUGUUCAACCCCCUCAAAGUCGAUUUGAUGCUCCCUAGCAUCACACAGUGACGUCAAUUUCUUUAUGCUAGAUACUUACUGUUUCUUAUAGUGGCUGCAGCUUAAUCCUCUCUUUCAGCCGAUAUCAAGCUUGUUCCUAUUCCGUAACAUGGGGCUUGUGAAAGCAGUAUUUUUUCACACAUGAGGAUUCGGACAAGAAAAUAAUCUCUAGAACCCGAACCGUUCGAGAUACAAACUAAUAUGUCACCAAUAUCGAAAGGGGAGACUCACGAAGGUGUCGGCUCUACGAUGCACACAACUUUCAGGAGAGUCGUCUGAAGGUAACCCAGUACCGGGCUGUAAAAAUGGCACAACAUGCAUAGGGGGUAUAGAGUGCCAUGAAUAACUUCACCAAACCUGAGUCUUAAUUAUUUAAUUGUGAUCGAAAGACUUAGAUGUUAAUCCUUAAGAAUCUGUUGACACACCCGUGCGUCAAUCUAAGUAACAUAUUUUAAAAAUCCUCAUCAAAAUUUGUCAGUUUAAGCUAGAGAUAUAUCUGUUUUAUUUUGCAUGGGCUGUGUCUCAAUCCACCGCAUCCACCUAUGGAUGCAUUCCGCAUCUGCGGUAGAAGGUGGCCAAGCUACAUCGGUGUUUGUCAGACCGUGAGACAUCCCAAAAAUCGUUCUACUCACGGUUUGGCCCCCCAAAAAAAACACUCUAUGGAAAGGUGACUCUCACAAACACGAUGGUGUUCUCCGUUUUGCUCUAUGACCCCCACGUGUCGUGUCACGGGACUCGUCUGAAGGUAACCCAUACAAAUGAAUGGAAGUAUGGAGACCGUUUUGUGCCAACAAAAAUAAGGGGUUAAAUAGGUGUACAAAAAAACUACAAUAUUUCCUGAGUUUUUGUAUAUCUCCUAGAUAUAGGACAGACACUUCAAAGCCUUAUUCCUUAUGAUUUAUUUUUUUGCUAUAUUUUAGCCAUUUAUGAAUGUGUUAUUCAAUGUGUUUCUAUGGGCUAUUAUACAACAGGUGGGUCUGAUCCUGAAUGCUGAUUGGUUAAAACCACAAUCCUGCCGGUGUCUGUUCCACAAGUUACCACCGGCUAAAUCUAUGACUUUAAAAUACCUAUUUACUCUGGUCCAUCUGACUGCGCAAUCCACUCUCAUCAGCCCAGCCAGGCACUUUAUAAACUUGAUCUCCACUAUAAAAAGCAUCUAGACAUUAUCUCACAUUUCUUUUAGACUAACAUUUAGUUUUCAACAGUGUAGAUUUGUAUAAAUCUUGCUGUCUGUCUCUCUGAAAUUUGCAACAUUGUUUCAAUAUUCCAUAGUAAUGAACGUGUCGGGAGUUGGGACGAGACAGAUGGGCAGGAAGCGUUUCUCAGCCAGUCGAAAUCAUGAAUCAGCUGGCAUCAUUAACAUUUUUGGAUAUACAGCUGCGGAAAAAAUUAAGAGACCACUGCUAAAUUAUUCGUUUCUCUUGUUUUACUAUUUAUAGGUAUGUGUUUGGGUAAAAAUAACAUUUUUGUUUUAUUCUAUAAACUACUGACAACAUUUCUCCCAAAUUCCAAAUAAAAAUAUUGUAAUUUAGAGCAUUUAUUUUCAGAAAAUGACAACUGGUCAAAAUAACAAAAAAGAUGCAGUGUUGUCAGACCUCGUAUAAUGCAAAGGAAAUAAGUUCAUGUUCAUUUUUAAACAACACAAUAGUAAUGUUUUAACUUAGGAAGAGUUCAGAAAUCAAUAUUUGGAGGAAUAACCCUGAUUUUCAAUCACAGCUUUCAUGCGUCUUGGCAUGCUCUCCACCAGUCUUUCACAUUGAUGUUGGGUGACUUUAUGCCACUCCUGGCGCAAAAAUUCAAGCAGCUCGGCUUUGUUUGAUGGCUUGUGACCAUCCAUCUUCCUCUUGAUCACAUUCCAGAAGUUUUCAAUGGGUUCAGGUCUGGAGAUUGGGCUGGCCAUGACAGGGUCUUGAUCUGGUGGUCCUCCAUCCACACCUUGAUUGACCUGGCUGUGUGGCAUGGCGCGUUGUCCUGCUGGAAAAACCAAUCCCUGAGCUGGGGAACAAUGUCAGAGGAAAAGGAAGCACGUUUUCUUCCAGGACAACCUUGUACGUGGCUUGAUUCAUGCGUCCUUCACAAAGACAAAUCUGCCCGAUUCUAGCCUUGCUGAAGCACCCCCAGAUCAUCACCGAUCCUCCAACAAAUGUCACAGUGAGUGCGAGACACUGUCUUGUAAACCUCUCCAGGUCUCCGUCUAACCAUUAGACAACCAGGUGUUGGACAAAGCUGAAAAUUGGACUCAUCAGAGAAGAUGACCUUACUCCAGUCCUCUACGGUCCAAUCCUUAUGGUUUUUUGCAAACCUCAGCCUGGCUCUUCUUUGCUUCUCAUUGAUGAAGGGAUUUUUUAUAGCUUUGCACGACUUCAGCCCUGCCCCUAGGAGCCUGUUUCGAACCAUCCUCGCCGUGCACUUCACCCCAGCUGCCAUUUGCCAUUCUUUUUGUUGGUCACUUGAUGUCAUCCUACAAAUGUUGAGUGACAUUCGAAUGAGUUGUCGGUCAUCCCGGUCAUUAGAGAGUCGCCCGGUCUGUAGCUUUGUUGUCUCCAAUGUCUGCUGCUUGACCUUUUUCUUUGAAAUUUUAAGGAUGGAAGCAACCUGACGCUCACUGUAUCCCUCUGCCAGUAAAGCCAGAAUUGAACCCUUUUCCUCACUCAACUUUCCUUUUCAACUCUUUUGGCAUGGUCAAUAGUUAUUUUUUUGAUUAAUAUUACUUUUGAGGUACUAUUAGCACUGUUUUUUGCCAUCCAGCUGGUCCUGUUGCAAGAGGAUAGUGAUGACCACAGCAGUGGUUUUUAUACUUUUCCUCGUUAAAUAAGAUUUGGUUCAGACGAUCACCUAAUCAGUACCUAAUUCAGUAGAAUGAGGUGUGCCUGUGUUGGAAUUCAACAGACACUGGAAUGGAAUUGCUGUCAUACAUGUAGAGAUGCUGAUUUAAGAAAAAUGUGCAGUGGUCUCUUAAUUUUUUCCAGAGCUGUAUAUACUAAAUGAAGUGCAGCUAGUUUGCAGUCUUUCCAGCUUCAGUUUGAAGUGAUUGUGUUGUUAGCUGUGUUGUUGGCUAGCUCCUCUGAACAACAGUGCCAUGAUGAGUGAGCACAUUUUCUAUGCCAGGUGAAAUUGCGCCUCAUUAGCUCAUUGUUAUGGAUGUAUCCAAAUAAAUGUCACUAGAAAACAGUUUAUGCAAAUGCAGCUUUUUGACGUGACUAAGUUAGCCGUAGUUGUCUAGCUAGCAAGCAAGGGAUAAGAACAUUGCCAGCCAGUAUGACAAUGGAACAUUUAGAACAAACGACUGGACACAGAACAAAAAGACUGAACGACUGGGUCGCGUCUCUGCCAACCGAACCGAUAGAACGAACGACCAGCUGGCUUGGGUAGCAACCCUAGAUGUGUCAGGACUAUAUCUUGUGGAAGGAUGAAAUAGUAUGAAUAAAUUAAUCAAAAUAAAGUUUUUUAUGAUAUGUCAAUCAUUAUUUGAAUAUGUUGGUAACCCGUUGUAUAAAAGUGACAAUGCCCUCGAAGGAUAUAUUGGCACGGUUUGCCGGACCUCGACUUAGUCUUGGGCAUAACACUCGUGCCAAUGUAUCCUCCAAACAGUGACUUCGAGGGCAUUAUCACUUAAUAGUAUUGCAGAAUAUUAUCAAAUCAUUUUAACAUAUUUUAUUUGUUUGGGAUACCUAAAGGGGUCCUAAAAUUCUAAAUGAAAUAGCUAAAUGAUCCAUGGUAUGACCAUCUUAAAAUACAGAAGUUUCGAUAUACUGUGCUACUCUACAUUGUACCAAUCCUACACACUAAUAUCAUAGGAGAUUUCUGGAGUCCUUCUCUCCAAAGGGAUAUGGCUAUGUGCUGACGUCGUACGCUGUGUACCGCAGGUUCGAGGAGUUUCUCCAGAGGAAGUGGUCGUCAGAGAAGCGCUUCGGCCUGGAGGGCUGCGAGUCUCUGAUCCCCGCCCUCAAGACCAUCAUCGACAAGUCCAGCGAGAAGGGUGUGGAGAACAUUGUUAUGGGCAUGCCACACAGGUGGGUAACAACAGGAACACGGGAGGGAAUGCUUGAGUUUCUGCAAAAUGGUUUCACUGUCUGCCUUCUCUGACAAGUGCUCCUCGUCUUCUAGGGGUCGUCUGAAUGUGCUGGCCAAUGUCAUCCGCAAGGAGCUGGAGCAGAUCUUCUGCCAGUUUGACUCCAAGCUGGAGGCUGCUGAUGAGGCGAGUCCCAUCUAGCCCAACCACUGCACAGCAAUUCUCGACUCUGUAAUCAAUCCAAUACAACUGCUUCCAGUGUGUUUCUGACUGUUGUUGUUUCAGGGCUCUGGAGAUGUGAAGUACCACCUGGGUAUGUACCACAGGAGGAUCAACCGCGUGACUGACCGCAACAUCACCCUGUCCCUCAUGGCUAACCCCUCCCACCUAGAGGCCGUGGACCCUGUGGUGCAGGGCAAGACCAAGGCCGAGCAGUUCUACUGUGGAGACACCGAGGGACACAAGGUACCAACCCACUGACUGACACUGCUGGUUUUGAACACAGUUUGAAUAGCGGCAUAUUUCUUUUCUCAGUGUUGGGGCGGUCGUUGUAAAGAUCAUUGUCCUUUUUUGUCCUGUAAAAAAUGCACCCUUUAGGUUCGAUCCCGGGUUUCAUCAGCAACAAAAAGAAAAAAAGAAAUGCACCUUUUUUCUGUCCUUCACAUACACUGAUAUGAAACUAUGUUUUCCACCAUAUCGGUUUCACCAAUCCGACUUUAUCUAAUGCGUUAUUACCUUAAAGAAUGGGUUAUAAAUGGUGUGCAUUUGAAGUUGGAAUGUUUGUGUUCCAGGUGAUGUCUAUCCUGAUGCACGGUGACGCUGCCUUCGCCGGCCAGGGCGUCGUGUACGAGACCUUCCAUCUCAGCGACCUGCCCUCCUACUCCACCCACGGCACGGUGCAUGUGGUCGUCAACAACCAGGUGCGGACACACACUCACACCAAGCUAACCACAGACCACACCUGGUCUGGAGAAGAUAUAAAUAGACUUUGUUCCACGUGGGUUUCAGCCAUGCUAGGAAACCAAUAGUGGUGUGGAUGGAUGGCAUGCUAACCCUAUCACCCCCGUCUACCCCCAGAUUGGCUUCACCACUGACCCUCGUAUGGCACGGUCCUCUCCGUACCCCACUGACGUGGCCAGGGUGGUCAAUGCUCCCAUCUUCCACGUCAACGCUGACGACCCUGAGGCUGUGGUGUACGUGUGCAACGUGGCGGCCGAGUGGAGAGCCACCUUCCACAAGGACGUGGUGGUGGACCUGGUGAGUAAGAGUUCCCCACUACCUGGAAAAUAUAGUUAAGUUCAACUCACUCUGGUAAUAGGAUUGGAUGAACUUUAAUGUCCCCAAGAGGAAAAUUGUCUUUGACACACAGUAAUGCUGUAUACAAAUUAAACAUUACACACUAAACAUAAUACAUACAUUGCACGUUACUCAUGUCACACACACAGUACACACACAUUACACAUAGAGGUUAGGGGAAAUAAAUAGGAAAAUCAGUCUUCUUACUCACAUAUGCAGGAGUACCAGUGUAACCCCCGCCUUAUGACACAGCAGCCAUCAGUAUCAGUGUGUGUGCGGUUUUGUGUGUAUCAAGCAGCAGCAAUAAUGUUUGUGUGUUGGCAGGUGUGCUACCGGCGAUUGGGCCACAAUGAGAUGGAUGAGCCCAUGUUUACCCAGCCCCUGAUGUACAAGCAGAUCAAGAAGCAGAAGGGAGUGAUGCAGAAGUAUGGCGAGAAACUAAUCGCAGAGGGCGCCGUCACGAGACAGGAAUACGAGGUCAGGGCUUGACCGCUCUGGCCCGAUCACUCACAGCACACACACACACACACACACACACACUACUACAUAGGUCACCAUAAGACUAUUCUAUCUCCACGUCUGCCCCCAUUCCCAUCUCCCUCUCUCUCUCUCUCUCUCUCUCUCUCUCUCUCUCUCUCUCUCUACAGGAGGAGAUAGCCAAGUAUGAUAAGAUCUGUGAGGAGGCACAUGUUCGCUCCAAGGAUGAGAAGAUCCUCCACAUCAAGCACUGGCUGGACUCUCCCUGGCCUGGUGAGUGUGCUAACUGCUCAGACACAUACUAGGGGUGUGAAGGUUUAAACUAAAUUGAGAUCGUUAAAUAAAAAAUCCUUAACCGAAAAACUGAUAUAUAGCACUCCACACGUCAUCGUCGUUAACGGUUGAAAUAAUGUCAGGGAAAAUCAAGCAACAGCAGCAAAGUCAUGUAUGGCAAUACUUUGCAAUACAAAUUUGCUUGGUGGAAUUGAGGUACAGUAAUGGUAGUACAGGUGCGAUGCUUAACCAUCUGAAAGGGACGCACCAUGAGACUCAAACCGUUGCUGGCAGAAGCACAGGCCCCCACAACAACAGACAUUAGACAGCUUCACAGAAAAGAAGUGAGAAAAUCACAGCGCUGGUUACAGAAAUGAUUGUAGUUGAUAUGCAGCCAUUGUCAAUGGUUGAGGAUGUCUGCUUCAAUGCCUUGAUGGCAUAUCUAAAAGCAGACUACAACAUGCCAUGUCAAAAAAAUUUGAUGGCCCGGGUGGACAUUUUUUACAACGAUUGCUCUACAAUUACAAAAUAGAGCUCGCCAGCUUAUAGUCCUAAAACACGGAAAUUAGUUAGCCAUGGCUUGUUGGUCAAAGCCUUUGGGGAAAUUAAUGGGAUUUUUGUAGGGUUUUUGGAUGAACACCGAAAAUUAGGUCUGAGGUUAACCCCCCUAGAGUCGAUGUCCGCUCCCCCGCGGAAAUCUAAUUAGCAUAAUAAAAAAUAAAAAACAUACAGUGAGUGGAAAAAAGUAUUUGAUCCCCUGCUGAUUUUGUACGUUUGCCCACUGACAAAGAAAUGAUCAGUCUAUAAUUUUUAUGGUAGGUUUAUUUGAACAGUGAGAGACAGAAUAACAACAACAAAAUCCAGAAAAACGCAUGUCAAAAAUGAUGAAUUGAUUUGCAUUUUAAUGAGGGAAAUAAGUAUUUGACCCCCUCUCAAUCAGAAAGAUUUCUGGCUCCCAGGUGUCUUUUAUACAGGUAACGAGCUGAGAUUAGGAGCACACUCUUAAAGGGAGUGCUCCUAAUCUCAGCUUGUUACCUGUAUAAAAGACACCUGUCCACAGAAGCAAUCAAUCAAUCAGAUUCCAAACUCUCCACCACGGCCAAGACCAAAGAGCUCUCCAAGGAUGUCAGGGACAAGAUUGUAAACCUACACAAGGCUGGAAUGAGCAACAAGACCAUCGCCAAGCAGCUUGGUGAGAAGGUGACAACAGUUGGUGCGAUUAUUCGCAAAUGGAAGAAACACAAAAGAACUGUCAAUCUCCCUCGGCCUGGGGCUCCAUGCAAGAUCUCACCUCGUGGAGUUGCAAUGAUCAUGAGAACGGUGAGGAAUCAGCCCAGAACUACACGGGAGGAUCUUGUCAAUGAUCUCAAGGCAGCUGUGAUCAUAAUCACCAAGAAAACAAUUGGUAACACACUAUGCCGUGAAGGACUGAAAUCCUGCAGCGCCCGCAAGGUCCCCCUGCUUAAGAAAGCACAUAUACAGGCCCGUCUGAAGUUUGCCAAUGAACAUCUGAAUGAUUCAGAGGAGAACUGGGUGAAAGUGUUGUGGUCAGAUGAGACCAAAAUCGAGCUCUUUGGCAUCAACUCAACUCGCUGUGUUUGGAGGAGGAGGAAUGCUGCCUAUGACCCCAAGAACACUAUCCCCACCGUCAAACAUGGAGGUGGAAACAUUAUGCUUUGGGGGUGUUAUUCUGCUAAGGGGACAGGACAACUUCACCGCAUCAAAGGGACGAUGGACGGGGCCAUGUACCAUCAAAUCUUGGGUGAGAACCUCCUUCCCUCAGCCAGGGCAUUGAAAAUGGGUCGUGGAUGGGUAUUCCAGCAUGACAAUGACCCAAAACACACGGCCAAGGCAACAAAGGAGUGGCUCAAGAAGAAGCACAUUAAGGUGCUGGAGUGGCCUAGCCAGUCUCCAGACCUUAAUCCCAUAGAAAAUCUCUGGAGGGAGCUGAAGGUUCGAGUUGCCAAACGUCAGCCUCGAAACCUUAAUGACUUGGAGAAGAUCUGCAAAGAGGAGUGGGACAAAAUCCCUCCUGAGAUGUGUGCAAACCUGGUGGCCAACUACAAGAAACGUCUGACCUCUGUGAUAGCAGAGGGGUCAAAUACUUAUUUUCCUCAUUAAAAUGCAAAUCAAUUUAUAACAUUUUUGACAUGCGUUUUUUCUGGAUUUUUUUGUUAUUAUUCUGUCUCUCACUGUUCAAAUAAACCUACCAUUAAAAUUAUAGACUGAUCAUGUCUUUGUCAGUGGGCAAACAGGCUACACCCUAAUAUUACCCCUGUGUUUUGCUCUAGGAUGCCCACAGGCCUCAAGACUCGUCUGAAGGUCCCCCGGUACUAGUUGAAAAAAUAAAUGGAAGUAUAUAUGGAGACUGUUUAGUGCCAAAGAAUAAGGGGUUAAAUAAAUAAAUUUAGUACUAAUGUUAGUACUCUAGAGGCAAAAAAAUAGCUUUCAGCAGAAAUCGCUGCAGAAAAUAAAAACAAUCCCUGCAGAUUCGGUUUGGUCAUGGGUGACCCCAAUGAAUCAGUGACCACUUCAUCAUGGGAUGAUUGAGUCUCUGAGCCCUCAGCUGUUUCCAUAUUUACCCCUGUCCUCUCUGAGGUCUCCCUGAGGACAGGCUGGCAGUCCUUCACAGCGAAGUUUCUAUCAGUCUGACCCUGUUCCUCACUAAAUCAAAUCUAAUUUUAUUUGCCACAUGCGCUGAAUACAACAGGUGUAGACCAUACGGUUAAAUGCUUACUUACAAGCCCUUAACCAAUGCAGUUUUAAGAAAAAUAAGUGUCAAGGAAAAAAUAGAUAAGUAAAAAAUAAUUAAAAUAAAAUAACAGUAGGGGAAAAAGUAUUUGAUCCCCUGCGUUUGCCCACUGACAAAGACAUUAUCAGUCUAUAAUUUUAAUGGUAGGUUUAUUUGAAAAGUGAGAGACAGAAAAACAACAAAAUAAUCCAGAAAAACGCAUGUCAAAAAUGUUAUAAAUUGAUUUGCAUUUUAAUGAGGGAAAUAAGUAUUUGACCCCUCUGCAAAACAUGACUUAGUACUUGGUGGCAAAACCCUUGUUGGCAAUCAGAGGUCAGACGUUUCUUGUAGUUGGCCACCAGGUUUGCACCCAUCUCAGGAGGGAUUUUUGUCCCACUCCUCUUUGCAGAUCUUCUCCAAGUCAUUAAGGUUUCGAGGCUGUUUCGAGGGAUUAAGGUCUGGAGACUGGCUAGGCCACUCCAGGACCUUAAUGUGCUUCUUCUUGAGCCACUCCUUUGUUGCCUUGGCCGUGUGUUUUGGGUCAUUGUCAUGCUGGAAUACCCCAUCCACAACCCAUUUUCAAUGCCCUGGCUGAGGGAAGGAGGUUCUCACCCAAGAUUUGACGGUACAUGGUCCCGUCCAUCGUCCCUUUGAUGCAGUGAAGUUGUCCUGUCCCCUUAGCAGAAAAACAUCCCCAAAGCAUAAUGUUUCCACCUCCAUGUUUGACGAUGGGGAUGGUGUUCUUGGGGUCAUAGGCAUCAUUCCUCCUCCUCCAAACACGGCGAGUUGAGUUGAUGCCAAAGAGCUCGAUCUGACCACAACACUUUCACCCAGUUCUCCUCUGAAUCGUUCAGAUGUUCAUUGGCAAACAUCAGACGGGCCUGUAUAUGUGCUUUCUUGAGCAGGGGGACCUUGCGGGCGCUGCAGGAUUUCAGUCCUUCACGGCGUAGUGUGGUACCAAUUGUUUUCUUGGUGACUAUGGUCCCAGCUGCCUUGAGAUCAUUGACAAGAUCCUCCCGUGUAGUUCUGGGCUGAUUCCUCACUGUUCUCGUGAUCAUAGCAACUCCACAAGGUGAGAUCUUGCAUGGAGCCCCAGGCCGAGGGAGAUUGACAGUUCUUUUGUGUUUCUUCCAUUUGCGAAUAAUCGCACCAACUGUUGUCACCUUCUCACCAAGCUGCUUGGUAAUGGUCUUGUAGCACAUUCCAGCCUUGUGUAGGUCUACAAUCUUGUCCCUGACAUCCUUGGAGAGCUCUUUGGUCUUGGCCAUGGUGGAGAGUUUGGAAUCUGAUUGAUUGAUUGCUUCUGUGGACAGGUGUCUUUUAUACAGGUAACAAGCUGAGAUUAGGAGCACUCCUUUUAAGAGUGUGCUCCUAAUCUCAGCUCGUUACCUGUAUAAAAGACACCUGGGAGCCAGAAAUCUUUCUGAUUGAGAGGGGGUCAAAUACUUAUUUCCCUCAUUAAAAUGCAAAUCAAUUUAUAACAUUUUUUACAUGCGUUUUUCUGGAUUUUGUUGUUGUUAUUCUGUCUCUCACUGUUCAAAUAAACCUACCAUUAAAAUUAUAGACGUAUCAUUUCUUUGUCAGUGGGCAAACUUACAAAAUCAGCAGGGGAUCAAAUACUUUUUUCCCUCACUGUACAGGGCGUACCUGUACAGAGUCAAUGUGCGGGGGCACAGGUUAGUCGAGGUAAUUGAGGUAAAUGUACAGUCGUGGUCAAAAGUUUUGAGAAUGACACAAGUAUUGGUCUUCACAAAGUUUGCUGCUUCAGUGUUUUUAGAUAUUUUUGUCAGAUGUUACUAUGGUAUACUGAAGUAUAAUUACAAGCAUUCCAUAAGUGUCAAAUGCUUUUAUUGACAAUUGCAUUAAGUUAAUGCAAAGAGUCAAUAUUUCUAGUGCUGACCCUUCUUUUUCAAGACCUUUGCAAUCCGCCCUGGCAUGCUGUCAAUUAACUUCUGGGCCACAUCCUGACUGAUGGCAACCCAUUCUUGCAUAAUCAACGCUUGGAGUUUGUCAGAAUUUGUGGGUUUUUGUUUGUCCACCUGCCUCUUGAGGAUCGACCACAAGUUCUCAAUGGGAUUAAGGUCUGGGGAGUAUCCUGGCCAUGGACCCAAAAUGUAGAUGUUUUGUUCCCUGAGCCACUUAGUUAUCACUAUUGGAGCUCCAUCAUGCUGAAAAGGCAUUGCUCGUCACCAAACUGUUCUUGGAUGGUUGGGAGAAGUUUCUCUCAGAGGAUGUGCUGGUACCAUUCUUUAUUCAUGGCUGUGUUCUUAGGCAAAAUUGUGAGUGAGCCCACUCCCUUGGCUGAGAAGCAUCCCCACACAUGAAUGGUCUCAGGAUGUUUUACUGUUGGCAUGACACAGGACUGAUGGUAGCGCUCACCUUGUCUUCUCCGGACAAGCUUUUUUUCCAGAUGCCCCAAACAAUCGGAAAGGGGAUUCAUCAGAGAAAAUGACUUUACCCCAAUCCUCAGCAGUCCAACCCCUGUAUCUUUUGCAGAAUAUCAGUCAGUCCCUGAUGUUUUCUUUGGGGAUUAAGUUCAUUUUCAUGGCAAAGAGGGACUUUGCAAUUAAUUGCAAUUCAUCGGAUCACUCUUCAUAACAUUCUGGAGUAUAUGCAAAUUGCCAUCAUAAAAACAGAGGCAGCAGACUUUGUGAAAAUGUAUAUUUGUGUCAUUCUCCAAACUUUUGACCACAACUGUACAUGUGGGUAGAGUUAAAGUGACUGCUUAGAUAAUAAACAGAGUAGCAACAGUGUAAAAUAGGGGGUGGGGUGGAGGGACAAUGCAAAUAGUCAGGCUAGCUAUGAUUAGCUGUUCAGGAGUCUUAUGGCUUGGGGGUAGAAGCUGUUCUACGCUAUCAUCCAGAAGGCGCGGUCAGUACAGGUGCAUCAAAGCUGGGACGGAGAGAAUGAAAAACAUAGCCAUCACUAGCACAUUAGAGGCUGCUGCUGCCUAUUGAAAUCACUGGCUACUUUAAGAAAUGGAACACUAGUCACUUUAAUAAUGUUUACAUCUCUUGUACUACUCAUCUCAUAUGUAUAUACUGUAUUCUAUUCUAUAAUAUUCUACUGUAUCUUAGUCCAUGCCGCUCUGUCAUUGCUUGUCCAUAUAUGUAUAUAUUCUUAAAUUCCAUUCCUUACUAGAUUUGUGUGUAUUGGGUAUAUGUUGUGGAAUUGUUAGAUAUUACUGCACUGUCAGCUAGAAGCACAAGCAUUUUGCUACACCCGCAAUAACAUCUGCUAAACACGUGUAUGUGACAAAUAACAUUUGAUUUGAUUUGUUAAGAAGUCGUUUGGACCCAGACUUGGUGCUCCGGUACCGCUUGCUGUUCGGUAGCAGAGAGAACAGUCUAUGACUAGGUUGGCUGGAGUCUUUGACAAUUUUUAGGGCCUUCCUCUGAUACCGCCUGGUAUAGAGGUCCUGGAUGGCAGGAAGCUUGGUCCAAGUGAUGUACUGGGCCGUACGCACUACCCUCUGUAGUGCCUUGCGGUCGGAGGCCGAGCAGUUGCCAUACCAGGCAGUGAUGCAACCGGUCAGGAUGCUCUCGAUGGUGCAGCUGUGUGCUACUCUGUCUACUCUCUUCAUCCCUACGUGGCCUGUUGAUGAAUACUGGAUAAGAAUCCUCAUCAGCGCCCUCAUACUCAGCAUUUUGCUGCUUUUGCAGGGGUGGUUCCCUUCUCCACAGACCUCUACUCGGUGCUUGAACUCGUUCCUCAAAUGGUAGGGAGUUACAUGACGAGCAUAUUGCGACGCAAAACCCGGGCACUGCCUGUACCCCUCUCGGGUUUGACCUCAUACCACGUGUAUUUGGUCCUCCCAGUGGGAGCUUUCCCGGUCCCCCACGUUCCGACAUGUUCCUCACCAGUACACGAUCCUCUGAGGCCAGAACCGAACUCAUUUUCUUCCGAUCGUAGUAGGCUUUUCACUUUGCUGUUGAUUUCUCCAUGUUUCUUAUGGCAACGUCAUAGGCUUCUGCCAUUUGUUGCUGCCACUUCUUAGCAUAAUUACAUUUACAUUUUAGUCAUUUAGCAGGCGCUCUUAUCCAGAGCGACUUACAUUAUCUUUUUUUUAUUUUUUAAAUCCUGGUAUGAUUUCUCCUGUUCCUUUAUCUGUAACCCAAAGAGAAGUUCAACAGGUAGCAGUGGAGCCCUUCCGAAUAGCAGGAAAUAAGGUGAGAACCCAGUAGCAUCACUGGUGGUACAAUUAUAUUAAUGAAUGACCUUGUUUAGAUAAUCACCCCAGUUGUCCUUUUUUCUCUUCAUCUGGUGUGCGCAACAUUGACAAUCGUGUACGGUUAAAGCUCUCCACCAGAUUCCCCUGUGGAUGAUAUGGAGAGGUUCUGGAAUUGGCUAUUCCCGUACAGUUCUGCAGGUUCUGAAUAACUGAUUUUCAAACUCUCUUCCCUGAUCGUGAUGGAUUUUUGACACAAAGCCACAUUUUUGUGAAAAAGUCCUCAAAGCUUUUUUUUGCCUCAGUUUUCCCUGACUUAUUUCUGGUGGGGUAGGCUUGUGCAAAUGUUCUAAAAUAACUAAAAUGUACUCGUAGCCCCCUCUGCUUUUCUCCAAAUGCAGUCAAUUGAAAUAAUUUGGAAAGGAGCCGUAGACUGUACAUGUUGCAUUGGGGGCCUAGUUAUUACACUGGGUUUCUUUUGUUUGAUACACUCUUUAGUGAUAGUGUUCAAUGUCAUGUUGCAUGCACGGCAAAUAAAAGCAUUCUCAUGCUAAGUUCAACACUCUUUCUGUUCCUAGAUUUUAGUGUUCUGUACUGACUUGGUACCUCAAUUUGUGUGCUUUUUGCUGUUUUCCAUUAUAAUCUCUCUGGUGAGACUUGGAGCCUGUUCCACUCUUGCCGUAACUGUUUGACUUCGUAUGACUUGUGGUGUCGUGUGGGUGAGCGGUUUACUGAUGUCAACGUUGUGAACAGAGUGCCCCAUGGUGGCGGUGGGGUUAUGGUAUGGGUAGGCAUAAGCUACGGACAACGAACACAAUUGCAUUUUAUGGAUGGCCAUUUCAGUGCACAGAGAUACCGUGACGAAAUCCUGAGGCCCAUUGUCGUGUCGUUCAUCCGCCGCCAUCACCUCAUGUUUCAGCAUGAUAAUGCACUGUCCCAUGUCACAAGGAGCUGUACACAAUUCCUGGAGCUGAAAAUGUCCCAGUUCUUCCCUGGCCUGCAUACUCACCAGACAUGUCACCCAGUGAGCAUGUUUGGGAUGCUCUGGAUCGACGUGUACAACAGAGUGUUCCAGUUCACACCAAUAUCCAGCAACUUCGCACAGCCAUUGAAGAGUGGAACAACAUUCCACUGGCCACAAUCAACAGCCUGAUCAACUCUAUGCGAAGUAGAUGGGUCACGCUGCAUGAGGCAAGUGGUGGUCACACCAGACACGGACUGGUUUUCUGAUCCACAGCCCUACUUUUUUUUUUUUUUAAGGUAUCUGUCACCAACUGAUGCGUAUCUGUUCAUAUUUCCUUAUGAACUGUAACUCAGUAAAAUCAUAUUGCGCAAAUGUACAAAUAGCAUAACUUUUCUGUGUGUAGUCUUCAAUGGUAUACUGUGACAGAGCAGGUAAAUGUUGAAGUGGAACACAAAAAUGCGCUGAGAAGAUACUGGCCCGACACUUGUUUUUACUGGUCCCGGGCCAGGGGCCCAUCGUUAAUGUCGGACCCUGCAGUGUGUGUUGUAGGUUGUGAAUAAUGGGCCUGUUUGUGUGCAGGUUUUUUCAACCUGGAUGGCCAGCCCAAGAGCUUGACCUGCCCGACAACCGGCCUGACUGAUGAGGAGCUGAUCCACAUCGGACAAGUGGCCUCCUCAGUGCCAGUCGAAGACUUCACCAUCCAUGGUGGUAGGAAACUUUCUUAACCGUAACAUAAAUAUAACUUAAUAUGAUAUCAUGCAUCUCUUGAGGUAGGGAGGGCCAAAAGAGUGAACACAUGGCUUUUCAAUUACUGGCUUUAAACACACAUUUGAUGGCACCUUUUUGUUUUCUGUGCACACAGUAAAAUGUACACACAUUAAGAUUAGAGCAGUAUUAGGUGAGAACUGAUUACAAAAAGACUGCCCCGUUACCUGGUGACGAGCGUCUGGUUUGCUGCUCCUCCACAGGUCUGAGCCGUAUCCUGAAGGCCCGAGGGGAGAUGAUCAAAAACCGCACAGUGGACUGGGCCCUGGGGGAGUAUAUGGCCUUUGGCUCGCUGCUCAAAGAGGGCAUCCACGUUCGCCUCAGCGGCCAGGAUGUGGAGAGAGGCACCUUCAGGUGAGGAGAGGGAGAGAAGGGGGGAAAGAGUCUCUCGAUCUCAGACAAAACAAUGGUUUCCACUUUUGUGUGUAAACAGCCCUUUAUAGUGCACUACUUAAUUAUUUUUUUUACCUUGUACGGGGAGUCAUGCUGAGACCAAGGUCUCUUUCACAGAUGAGCCCUAUAUACACAUCAAUAUACACUAUUCACAUCCCAUACAUGAAAAGCAAAACACAAUCAUAGAAAACACACUCUUCAGUAAAAAUGUCCUCAAUCAGCUCUUUGAACUGCCCUAGAGGCACCAAUUCAGCCAACUUUAGAGAGCCUUGGAGAUUAUUCCACAAGUAAGGUGCAAAAAAACCUGAAAGCAGAUUUACCUAACUCAAUGGAGAUCGAAGGGAUCUCCAGAGUUAACCAUCCCUGAGACCGGGUCUGGUAUCUCGUACAUCUGUAAGUUAACAAUGAAGGAAGGUACGGCAGAAGUUUAUAAACAAAAAGAGUGCAUUGCAUUGACCUAUGAGACUUGAAAGUGGCCAGCCUACUUUCUGAUACAGAAUGCAGUGAUGUGUACUGAACCUAUCGCCUGUAAUAAAGCGUACUGCCCUGUGACAAACUGCGUACAAAGGCUUUAAUACAGUGGCAGCUGCAUUCAUAUAGACCCCGCAAACUCAACUCUGGACCUCGAAGCCAGUUCCACUGCUUUUUUUUAAUUGUUCCGCUCUAAUCAGGGACUGAUUUAGACCUGGGACACCAGGUGAGUGCAAUUAAUGAUCAAGUAGAACAGAAAACCAGAAGGCUCCGGUCCUUUAUGGAUGGCCAUUUCAGUGCACAGAGAUACCGUGACGAAAUCCUGAGGCCCAUUGUCGUGUCGUUCAUCCGCCGCCAUCACCUCAUGUUUCAGCAUGAUAAUGCACUGUCCCAUGUCACAAGGAUCUGUACACAAUUCCUGGAGCUGAAAAUGUCCCAGUUCUUCCCUGGCCUGCAUACUCACCAGACAUGUCACCCAGUGAGCAUGUUUGGGAUGCUCUGGAUCGACGUGUACAACAGAGUGUUCCAGUUCACACCAAUAUCCAGCAACUUCGCACAGCCAUUGAAGAGUGGAACAACAUUUUUUUCGUACAUUUUUGCGAUUUGGAGAAUAACAAAAAUAUAAACGCAACAUGGAAAGUGUUGGUUUCAUGAGCUGAAAUAAAAUAUUCCAGGAAUGUUCCAAUAUGUCAAAAAUCUUAUUAUUCUCAAAUUUUGUGCACAAGUUUGUUUACAUCCCUGUUAGUGAGCCUUUCUCCUUUGCCAAGAUAAUUCAUUCUUCUGACAAGCGUGGCAUAUCAAGAAGCUGAUUAAACAGCAAUGAUCAUGGAUCGACGUGUACGACAGCGUGUUCCAGUUCCCUCCAAUCCAGCAUCUUCGCACAGCCAUUGAAGAGGAGUGGGACAACAUUCCACAGGCCACAAUCAACUGCCUGAUCAACUCUAUGCGAAAGAGAUGUGUCGCGCUGCACGAAACAUGGUGGUCACAACAGACACUGACUGGUUUUCUGAUCCACGCCUGUACCUUUUUUUAAAGGUACUGUAUCUGUGACCAACAGAUGCACAUUUUUUUUUUAUUGACUAAUUUCCUUAUAUGAACUGUAACUCAGUAAAAUCUUUGAAAUGUUUCCAUGUUGCGUUUUAAUAUUUUUGUUCAGUAUACUUGGUUUUACCUGCAUUAAGUACCAAUUGCAGUUCAACAAAGGCUUUCUGCAAAGCAAUGAAGGCAGAUUGAAGCUCGGAAAGUGCCUGGUCAACCGUGGGGGCAAUAGCAAUCACAACAGUGUCAUCUGCAUACAGGUGUAUGUAUAAAAAUAAAUUGCAGAUAGAUCAACAUUGUUUAUAUAGACAUUAAAAUUACAGGACCUACAAUCGAUCCCUGUGGGACACCUUUCGUAAUAUCAAGGAAACCUGACUUAACACCAUCAGAAAAAACGCAUUGUGUCCUGUCUAGUAAUUUUCGAAUCAAUUACAUGAUGCCUGAUCCACACCGAUUACAGACAAUCUUUGAAUCAAUAAAAAGUGGUCAACAGUAUUGAAAGCCUUCGAUAAGUCAAUAAAGAGGGCAGCUCAGUGCUUCCUCCUAUCCAUACCCUUUACCACACCAAGGUUGCAGCAGAGAUGGCGCUUAUUACACUUUGUACUUGGAUUUCCUUUGAUCUUCUAUGUAGAAGAACCCCUUACCUUCUAACGACUCUUGUGAAGCUUGUGAAAGUUUGUGAGUCUCAGCUUUUCAUAGAUAGCUUUUAAUAGUUUGUUGCUCAAACCAUUCGGACUCUACAUACGUUUUUGUAAAAAGCCCCGGCAUCUUCGAGAGCCACCCUUGUCUCACCGCUCUAGCUCAGCUCCCGUUAAUCACACAGACUAAUGGUUGGUAUCUCAGGAUGCAGAAGAAAUAGACUAAUCCAAUGGUACAACCAAUUAUGUACAUACAGUACCAGUCAAAAGUUUGGACACGCCUAAUCAUUUUCUUUAUUUUUACUAUUUUGUACAUUGUAGAAUAAUAGAGAAGACAUCAACUAUGAAAUAACACAUAUGAAAUCAUGUGGUAACCAAAUGUGUUAAACAAAUCAAAAAUAUUAUAUAUUUGAGAUUCUUCAAAGUAGCCACCCUUUGCCUUGAUGACAGCUUUCCACACUCUUGGCAUUCUCUCAACCAGCUUCAUGAGGUAGUCACCUGGAACAUUUCAAUUAACAGGUGUGCGUUGUUAAAAGUUAAUUUGUGGAAUUUCUUUCCUCCUUAAUGCGUUUGAGCCAAUCAGUUGUGUUGUGACAAGGUAGGGGUGGUAUACAAAAGAUAGCCCUAUUUGGUAAAAGACCAAGUCCAUAUUAUGGCAAGAACGGAUCAAUUAAGCAAAGAGAAACGACAGUCCAUCAUUACUUUAAGACAUGAAGGUCAGUCAAUCCGGAAGACUUCAAGAACUUUGAACGUUUCUUCAAGUGCAGUCGCAAAAACCAUCAAGUGCUAUGAUGAAACUGUCUCUCAUGAUGACCACCACAGGAAAGGAAGACCCAGAGAGUUACCUCUGCUGCAGAUGAUAAGUUCAUUAGAGUUAACUGCACCUCAGAUUGCAGCCCAAAUAAAUGCUUCACAGAGUUCAAGUAACAGACACAUCUCAACAUCAACUGCUCAGAGGAGACUGCGUGAAUCAGGCCAUGGUCGAAUUGCUGCAAAGAAACCACUACCAAAGGACACCAAUAAUAAGAAGAGACUUGCUUGGGCCAAGAAACACAAACAAUUGACAUUAGACCGGUGGGAAUCAUUUCGUCCUUUGGUCUGAUGAGUCCAAAUUUGUGAUUUUUUGGUUCCAACUGCCGUGUCUUUGUGAGACGCAGAGUACCGCCAUUUCUCGCAUAAUUAAUUUUACAGACACAAAAGGAUCCCACCAUGUCGAACGAACAAAUGAUCUGUUGGCGUUUAUAAAAUUGUACUGGAACGUCCAGCUUCCAUCACAGCUGUCGUGAUUUUUUCUUAUACUGUAUGACUUUACUCACAUAAAAACUGGAUGGAAACAUGGUUAGUGACUCAAGCAAAUCAGCCGCAGGGUUUUUUAUUUUUUAUUUUUUUAACAUCAAUCUUAAGCAAGGCAUCUAGCACAUCACAAGCAGAAAGUUAUUGAAAUGAAAACAAAGAUUCACUUGAAGUUGACUGAUCUUCCAUUGAACCAACUGGAGUCUGUGAGAGGGAAGAGCAAUCGACUGACUGACCAGGGUCAAUUAAACUACCAUUUGUUUCAAAUAGAAAGCAUGCAGAGAUAAGUGAUGGUUUUAAAUCAGCAUUUUAUCACAUUUUCUCAGUAAUGAUGCCAGAGUCUGACAACUUGCUUAGACAGGGAAGGAGAAGAAUUCCCACGCUUCAGUGCAUUAACUGUUUUCCUAAAUUUAAACUGAUCACCAGAAGAGUCUGAGAUUGAAUUUAGAAAGUAGUUUGAUUUAGCUUUCUUAAUUGAUCAUGAACGUCUAUUUCUCAAUUGCCUGAAGCGCUGCCAGUCAGCUACCAAGUCCGUUUUUCUAGCCUUGACCCAGGCCUGAUUUCUCAUCAUAAUGAGAUCUGAAAGUUCUAUAGAGAACCAAGGAUCGAUCUGAUCUUUUUUUAAACUCUAAGGGGCUUUGUUUGUCUGCCAGAGCUAAAAAAUAAAAUAAAAACUAGAUGAGAAGUUCUAGAGCCAAUUCAGAGUCAGGCAUGAUAGAGGAAAGCUCAGAGCAAUACAUAUGAAGAAAUACAUGGUCAAAAGAAGUGCACUAUAAAGGGAAUAGGGUGCCAUUUGGGAUGCAGAUCUCGUCCCUUAUUGUCCCUGUUGAUGUGUUUCCCUCCUUGCCAGUCAUCGUCACCAUGUGCUGCACGACCAGAAUGUGGACAAGAGGGUCUGCAUCCCCAUGAACCAUGUGGACCCCAACCAGGCCCCCUACACCGUCUGCAACAGCUCCCUGUCGGAAUACGGUGUGCUGGGUCAGUCUCUCUCUCACACACUCACUCACAUGUCUCCAUUUACUGUGAAACUACAAUCAGAGAAACUGGAAUACACAGGAAUGCUCAUUCCAAUAACCUCUUACUACUAUCUCCACCCGCUACUAACUGGGGACUUGGUGAGAUAAUCAGCGACCAGUAAUUUUCAAUGAACAUAGAUGCACAGCAGCUAGUGGCCAACAAUUCAAAUUUCAGUGACGCGACUGCCAAUUGGGAGAGGGCAGCUCUUGCUAUUGGCUAUAACAACUGCCGUCAUGCAUACUGUUUGAAUGAUACACCCACCAGGAGAGUGGCAAGUGUGCAUAGUCCAGAGUUAUGAACCUCUUACUCGCUCUCAUUUGCCGUCUCUUUCCCUCUCUCCCUGUCUGUGUGUGCUGUCAGGUUUCGAGCUGGGCUUUGCCAUGGCCAGUCCCAAUGCCCUGGUGCUGUGGGAGGCUCAGUUCGGAGACUUCCACAACACAGCCCAGUGCAUCAUCGACCAGUUCAUCUGCCCCGGCCAGGCCAAGUGGGUCCGCCAGAACGGCAUCGUCCUGCUGCUGCCCCAUGGCAUGGAGGGCAUGGUGAGUCCUCCAGAGCGCCAAUUGGAGGGAAGAGAUGGAGUGUCAAUUGUUCAUAAUCAUUCAUUUACACUACAUGCUUUUGGGUAAAGUAUAUCUACUUGACAAUAAAGUUAGUUACACGAUUAUACAAUGACCGUGGCAGCCCUUCUGAUCUCCCUGCUCUUCUCUCCACAGGGCCCAGAACACUCCUCUGCUCGUCCAGAGAGGUUCCUCCAGAUGUGCAACGAUGAUCCUGACGUGCUCCCGGUGGGUGCUCACCUAAUAAUUCUGCACGGCCUCUUGUAUCCAAAAGACCACUCACUUUCAUGUACUCGUUAAUGCCUGACAUAGCUAGACAUUUUCUUCCAAACCGAUUCUACGCUUCCUUUAGGGUAAUGUUAUUAAUAGAAUACCGCGAGGUUCCGGUAAUACGCUACCGUACCUGUAGACUUCCAGUUGUUUCGUUAACGCUAGUUACCAUUGGCUCACGAAACUACGUCUAACUUCCUUCAUACUGCACGCAGAGAUAUAAAAGUGGUAUCCACAAAUUAAUCUGACUGGGUAAAUCAGAAUCUUACAGUAUCCCUUCAAGGCAAUUUUGCAACUGAAACAGGUGUUCGAAUUGUCUCCCGCACACUGUGUGUACUCGCAAAUGUAUACAUUGGUCACAUAGACCUUCGUCAGACAUGAAGACAAAGACUGAGGGAGUAGAAUAUAGAAGUCCCAUAAACAGAAUUUGAAAUUCAAAUUUAAACACACCCAAACCUUCAGUGGCAUGCUGCGUAAUGUUAGAACACAAAGUAUAGGUGGAAGUGUAGACUGCACGUGGAUGAAACAGUGACUGGUCCUUACCCUUUCCUCUCGCCCUCCUCCCCACCAGAGCAUCACAGAUGACUUUGCCAUUCGCCAGCUCUAUGACUGCAACUGGAUUGUGGUCAACUGCUCCAACCCUGGCAACUUCUUCCACGUGCUGAGGCGGCAGAUUCUGGCGCCCUUCAGGAAGCCUGUGAGUCCCCGUCAACAACAACAGGUUUACCCUGAAUCUGCUUAUUAGCUCACUGUCCUCUGAUCUGUCCUCUUUUCUAGCUCAUCGUUUUCACCCCCAAAUCCCUGCUGCGCCACCCCGAGGCAAGGUCCAGCUUUGACGAGAUGUUGCCAGGUAAGAGUGCUUGUGUGCGUGUUUGUUGUGUGGGCGUGUUAGUGUUGGCGUGUGUGAAGGACAGUGCUGGUGUGUAUGCCAUUUGGAUGUCUGGCAGUCAGUGAGUGUCGCCGUGUUCCCCUGCUGUGCUCCAGGCACAGAAUUCCAGCGCCUGAUCCCAGACAGUGGCCCGGUGACCCAGAACCCAGCCGGGGUGAAACGCAUAGUCUUCUGCACAGGAAAGGUGUACUACGAGCUAACCAAGGAACGCAAGGCCCACGGCAUGGAAGACAUGGUCGCCAUUGCACGCAUGGAGCAGGUAGCUUCACACACACUCAACACAUACACCUCAGGGCUCCAACAUACAUAAAGGUAUGUGCUAGAAAAAUGCUCAGUUGAAAGGUGAAAUGAAUUGAACUUUUGCUUGACCUAAAGUGUUUGACGUGUUCUCUGUGUAUAUGGUGACCUAAACCGUCUGUUGCUCCCUUUGGCUAUCCAAGCUACCUUCCUCAUGACAUGUGGUCCUUGUCUCUCUGUAUGCAGCUGUCUCCCUUUCCCUUCGACCUAGUGAAGGCUGAGUUCAAGAAGUACCCCAAUGCCGACCUGGUGUGGUGCCAGGAGGAGCACAAGAACCAGGGCUACUAUGACUAUGUCAAGCCCCGCAUGCGCACCACCAUCGAACGCGCCAAGCCAGUCUGGUAAACAAACCCUUCAUCUGCUCUUGUCUUCUCUCCUUAGUCUGUGUGAGUCUGUCUGUGUUUAGUUAAACUCUUAUUAAACUAUUCGUCACGUGUGUGUUCAGGUAUGCUGGUCGCCCACCUGCCGCUGCCCCAGCCACAGGAAACAAGAAGGCCCACCUGGUGGAGCUGAAGAAUUUCCUGGACACUGCCUUCGAUCUGGACGCCUUCAAGGACCAGAUGUAACUCUCUCCCCCGCCUCCUUGGUCCCAGGAUAAGGGGUAGCCUUCACCCUCCACUGCAACCCAGAGGCCCCUCCUCCACCGUCCCAUACGCACACACACAUACGCCCACAUACCACCUGGACUUGUCGCUCAGAGCAAACCUACUCUCCUGGCUGGGUUCUCUCUGCCUAGCCCACAACGGCAACAGUCCUGUUCAUUUCAAACCACUGCUAUCUUUCCCCUACCCAGACCCUCCCUCAUCCACUCCUCUUGGUUCUGUUUGAGUAUGCCCACCUCCAUCAGACACAUGCCCCGAAACCACACACUCAGUAGUAGACAGCCAGCCAGCCAGUCAGUCAAUGGUCAGGAAAGAGAACCUUUGUACAGUCAGUGAUAAGUGAUUCUUAGCUUCAUUUUAUUUUCUACUACCUGUAUUUCUCUGGUUAACACUCCACCCACCAACAAUAUAACCUUCUUGUGUUGGAUUUUGCUUGUUAAGCCCUGUGUGUGUGUGUGACCAAAGCACAUUGUUCAUAAAGUAUUAUGUAUUUUUCCAAGAUCCGUACUGGUGAUUGUAUUUCAUUCUGUUUCUGUCACAAUUGUCAUCCUUUCGAAAAGCACCAUCAUCCGUUUGAAAAGCGCCCUAUCCGGGGCUCCUUACAUAGCCAAAGGAUGGGGCAACUGUUGUAACUAGUUUGAGAUACCUACAGCUAGUAUUUGGCAAAACACACAACGGUUAGUUCAAUUUCGAUGGGAAUCAGGUGUUCCCACCUCCUGUUCUCUGCUCUGAGUGCACUGCGGUGAUGAAACCCCUUCCCUUUCCUUGGUCUCUCUCCGAUCUCCAGGGCUAUCCCCUUUGUGAGUGCUACUGAUAUCACCAUCAGCAACAGAUUUACCUUUUUCGUUUGUUUAUUGGUUGUAUGUGUUUUUUUUUGCUUUUCAAAUCAACAUUCUCAUAAUGGCUAUUAGAAAAAGAGAUAUUGAAUAAGAUAUUUUUGGAUUCACUCACACAGUUGUGUUCAGUGAAAUACUAGUAUAUUUAACAAGAUGAAUGCUCUUAUUUUUCUCCAUCUUGCACAGUUUCUUGCGAAAUGGGCUGAGAGUUGGAUGAGGGAAAUUGUCAUGUUUAAUUGGUGAGAUGA